CCACAUUCCAAGAGGGAGCCACGGCACCGGAAAAAGGUGAGUAAAACUUUUUCAUUUUAAUACUAAUUUUGUUUAUUUUUUUGGCAAACAAGUGGGGACCUGAAUAUACCCAGAGACAGGGACACUAAAGCAAUAUGAAUACAGGUUUGUAUUAAUAAUGCAUUAGUAUUCCUUUAAAUAGCAACAAGCAGGGUAUGUAUCAAUGCUUAUUAUUGGGACAUACAUAUUGAAAGCUGUGUUUCACAAUCCUCUGAUGUCUCUGGUGAUAGUUUAAAGCAUGACUGCUUUCAAAGCUAGUGCAGAAACAGGCACAAAUAAAGGUUCAAUUGUUUCCAGAUAAGUUCAAUUUCAAUCAAAAGACUUCUCCACCAUCCUGUUAGCUAUUACUGAUGUGGAUUUGCAUUCUAAUGAGUUAUUUUUAAGGUACUAAAUAAGACAACCGCAGUAUACAGAAGUGUAACUAAUACAGAAGUAAUGUUACUGAGGUACAAUAAUUUCACGAAAACCUGUGUUACAGAUGCACAUUAAUAAAAACUUCACUAGAGUGGAAGUAAUUACAAUCUAAAAGAUGCCAAAUGGAUUUGAAGUUCAAUGAGGUGGGGUCAUUGUUUAAGAAUGACAGAAGUGAGUCUUAAAUUGUAAACAUAAUUUUUUCGGCCAGGUUAAACCAAAGGUGUUUAGUCUUCACCCACCAACUGGUGUUGAACUGCAAGCUGAAAAAUGUGGCCAAACAUAUGGUCCAGAACUUAAAGGAAAAUGACACGCUCUUGGAUAGGAUAAUUUGCUGAAUGGUUGCAAAAUUGUUAAUAUUCUAAUGUAGAUGGAUGGGAAAAAAAUGUACAAUAUUAAUAACAGAAAAAAAAAUUCGGUAAAGAGUUCACUGUUUAGAAAAACGGUGUUGUAGAACGAAGUGGGACACCAUAUCGGUUCCUGCAGAGUUGCAGCAGUCUGUGCUUUGGAUUUAAGAUUGAAAAAUGUACACAAGUCAAAUGUAGCUCACUAUAACCUGUUUCUGUUCAUAUGAGAAUUUAAAACAUACCACAUACCACUUCCUGUGAAGGAGGAGAAUCACUUAAUGGAGAAGUUACACAUGUUAACACUCAGUGUUUCAUAGUCUUUCGAAAAAGGUGAAGUAAACAUUUUGGAAGUUUUAAAUUUCUAUCAACUUCAAAGAACCUUCAACGCACAACCCAAAAAGGUAAUAUUCUUUAAUUGUUUUUAUAUGUUACCAUUUUGUUAUGUGUUGCUUGACUGGAUACUCAGAUAAUGAGAAUUAAUUGAUGCAGUGGUAAUAUAUGAAUUGCAACAUAAUUUCUGCUGUUAUAAUGAGCAACAUUUGUUAAAUCUUGUUAUCUAUAAUAAUAUGCAAUAAUUUGAUUCAGUUUUACAUGUUCUUGUGUUACUUCCUCAGUCAAAAUUAUGGUCAAUAUUUCAAUAAGUAGUUUAAAUACAGUGAUUUGCUCAAUGCAAUAAGACAAUAUGACAUUAUGGUUUUAAUAGCUUGUUUUAUACACAUUCUGUAAAUUCUGCGAGUUUAACAAAGUUAUCAAAUUGGUGAAUAAAAAAUGUUUUUAAACGUUAUUAUCUGGUAUAUUUAACUUUCUCAAGUACCCAAAGAAAAAUAACAAAUCUAAUAUUGAAUUGCUCAUGUGACACAUGCUCAAAAACACAAGCCAUUUGAACUGUCUUUGCAUAUUUAGACUUAGAACUCUAGCGAGCAUUCUAUACAUUCUCUAUAAACCUUUGACGCUUCCUGUCAGCGGAAAUAACUGUGAAUCUGAUGCAGAAAUGUUCAGAAACGCCAUAGUGUACAAAGACAAAGCGUCUAUAACUGCUGAUGAAAUUAUAAUCAGGCACAAGUAAUUAUAUAGUAUAUACAUUUUGCUAAUAAGAAACAGAUGAUGAAAUAAUAAAAUAGAUGUAGAGGAUGGUCCGUUUGUGACAUGGAAAACAGGAAAGUGCUUCUCUGAGGGGAAUGCAGGAAGCACAUGUGUGCUGAUUUCUAAAAGAUGAUAAAAAUGCUGUGGUUGUGGUUUCUUUAGGCGUACAGGCAUAUGGGAUGUGUGUAGGAUGUUUACAAAAAUAUCAGUACAAAAAAAGUGUGCAACGCAAGAGGCUUAAUAUGAAUUCUUACUAAACGUAAAUGUUGGCAUAUUGAAGUAAUACAGCUGUGGCCUUUAAGGUGGGACUCAGCCCUCCUGCUGGGGAGCUAUCAGUCCAUGCUAAGAUACUUAAAGUGCCCUAUUAUGACUAAAACGACUAUUAGGGUUGUUCACUAACGUUAGAAUUGUGUAGUAUUCAAAGUGAAUUUGAGGUAAGUUUCAAAUUUAAGGCCAACUGAAAUUUAAAAAUUCUUCAAGCCAGAUAUUCUACAAGUCCAGUUAUUUUGGUCUAAAAUUUGAAUUCCCUCUAAAUUUACUUUGCAUUUAUGACAAUUCGUACUUCAAUGAUUAAACCUGUUGGUGUCACUUUAAUUAGCAUCCGAGUACAUCUGUACUUUCUACUAACCAAAUUGGUAGCAAAUGUAUGGUUGAAAGGUUAUUUUAUGUUUUAGCUCAAAUUUGACUUUCCUGAGCUAUGCAUUUUCAAUCUAUUGUUACUGCUCCCAAGGGUGUGACAACAUUGCCUAAUACACCUUACCACUGGCUGGGCAUCAUAGGAAAUGUGGUAAAUUCCACAAACAUCUAUGGAAAUGUGGUCAUUGCUAAAGAUGAUUAGCUUUGUACACUUUACUGUUAAUUAUAGGUGGGUGACUGGCUACGGUUUUAAUCUAUCUAAGUAUUCUUUGUAAUUUAUGAGGACAGUUAUUUGCUCCAAGUUCUCUAUAUGUGUAACAUUAAACGGAGUGGAACAUUAUGUAAAAAAGACUUGUUUUUGCACCUAUAUUAGCAAGUUAUAACACGUUUGAGUUUUCUCGUUGUGGAAUGUUUGUGCACUGAAUGCACUGGGAUUGAGUUUUUUAUCAGUGAAAUGGCACACACAAGGUAGUUUGUGGCUUUACUUAUACACGUUUCCUGAUUUUAAUUCUCUCCAGUUGUGAAAGUGGAUGUAAUGAUAUCUAGUCUUAUAUGUAGGAGAAUAAAUCACAAAGCAGCAAUUCUUUAAACAGUUGCUUCUGCCUUCAAGCUGUUUUAUUGAAAUCAAAGCAAAUCCUGGUCUCAAAGGCUGUUGCAUUCAUAAGGUUAUUAAGUUAAAAGAUCAAGAUACGCCUUCUGAUUAAUAAUGCAUGAUCCUAAACGCGCAGGAUCAUGUUCAUCCACCAGUCUGCUCUUGCGUGGAUAAUUUACUGAACACGUAAAGGUAUGCACAGACAUUAUUACAUGCAUAAGUACAUUGAUGCACACCAUAGGCGUGCGCAGCCAAUUGCAUAAGGGUGUGCAUCCUAAAGCACAAACACACAUGCCGCGUGUAUAUGUAUGUGUGUAUCUUUCUAUCUAUAUAUAUAUAUAAACAUACAUACACACACACACACACAUACAUACAUACAUACGUGUGUGUGUGUGUGUGUGUGUGUGUGUGUGUAAGGGUGCUGUGUGUUUAAGUGCUGUGUGAGGGUGCUUUUAGUGUGCUGUGUGUGUGUGUGUGUGUGUAAGGGUGGUGUGUGUGCGUGCUGUGUGAAUUUGUUUGGAGGGAUUGUGUGUGGGGGGUAGGAGGGCAGAUUAGGAAAUAGCCCCCCUCCCUUCUUACCUUUUGCCUAGGAGGGGGGAUCCUUGCUGCCAUCUCUGAUCCCUGGUGGUCCUAGUGUCGGUGAACUCUAGCCUGCAGGGCUAGAGUUCACUCUCGCGAGAUCAGAGCACUGCUGUGGCAACGCUCCGACCUUGCGAGAGGAACCCUGCGGAGCUGCUGGCAAGAGCUCCCCGGGUCAUCUCCUGCCUCCUUCCCUGCCUCUCGGCUGGUGAGGGAGAUCUAUGAUCUCCCUCACCGUCCCAUGGAGGCACACAGCACGUGCCGUGGGGAUUAGGGUGUGCCCAGGCACACCUGGCACACCCUGUGCGCAUGCCUAUGAUGCACACCCAAACACAGACAUGCACAUACAGAAAAAUAAAUAAACAGAAGCAUACAUGAUUCUGUGGAACACCCAUUUUAUGCAUACAUACUUACCUACUACAAAGUAGCAAAUAUCUGUGGUGAAGAAUAGUUAUGAGAUAAUACAUUGCUUUCUUACUCAAUGUCUCUGCCAUAUGAACAAAAACUUAAAGGGACACUAUAGCCACCAAAACAACUUUAGCUUAAUGAAGCACUUUUGGUGUAGAGAUCAUACCCCUACAGUCUCACUGCUCAAUUCUCUGCCAUUUAGGAGUUAAAUCACUUUGUUUAUAGUGCCCGGGUCACACCUCCCUGUAUGUGACAUGCACAGCGUUCCUCAAUACUUCCUGUAAUAUUUUUAUACUUCCUUUAUUGCAGUCUUUUUAAUUUAGAAUUUCUUAUCUCCAAGCCUGUUAAUAACUUGCUAGACCCUGCAGGAGCCUUCUGCAUGUAAUCAAAUUUCAAUUUACAGAGCAGGAGAUAACUUUUAAAGCAAGUUACAUCUGAUUGAUAAUGAAACCAUUUUGUUUCCAUGCAGGCCGUGUCAAUCACAGCCAGGGGAGGUGUGGCUAGGGAUGCAAAAACAAAAAACAAAAGUGAUUGAACUCCUGAAUGGCAGAGAAUUGAGCAGUGAAACUUGCUUAAAAUAAUUAAAGUUGUUUUGGUGACUAUAGUGUCCCGUUAAGAUGUCACUCCUACUUCAAACAUUGGUGGUAGAAGAAUAGAAAAAGUUUAUGGCUCGUAAUAACCUCAAAGGUGGAUGUAAACUGUACCUAUUUUGUGCCGAACAGGAAUUUAUUUAGUCAAAAACAUUUUGGGUAGGGGGCGGGGCCUGACUCUCAAGCAGCCAAGACAUGCUUUCCAGGAGCUCCUGCCUGAGCCAGCUUUAACUCAAAUUAGGCACAACAGACAUCCUGACUAAAGAGGACACCAAAGGUCCUGAAAUUAUCAUUUAUGCAUAAUUAUCCUGCCAUCUUGCCAUGUGGCCUACUUGGGUUGCUGGUCUGUCAACUGGGAGAGGGGCCGAUCUUCCGCUUGGGACUGCACAUCCCGCUGUGAAACUACUGAAGUCCUGCAGCCCCCCCCCCUUGGACCGGUGGGGGUUAUCCCGGUCCCCUCUAGUUGUGUUCACUGAAGUGUUUUGAGGCCAGAUUUGAUAAGCUGUGCCAGGAUUUCUGGUCCCUUGUGGCAUGCAGCUGCCACACUCCUGCCUUACCUGCCCGGAUCCACCGAAGCACGGAGAGGACUGGUGCUACAGCUCCUCGCUCCUACCGCUCCCACUACAAGACAAAGCCAAACUGAGACCCACUGGGCAAAGACCAAGCGCAACAGCGGUGGUGAGGAAGAGCGGAGGAGGUUAUCUCACCCCAGUCCUAUCCAUCUGGACCACGGUUUGCGAAGAGGACUGUCGUGCGAGGAGGAAUAACCACUAGCACGGACAACUGGCUCCUGGCCACCAACAGGAGUCCUCAACACUGAAGGGGGUGAGGGCCCCGGGAUGGUGACAAGGCAAGCGGUGAGGUCUAAAGAACCGCCAGGUGACACAGAGGCAGUUGCAGACACAGGCCAAGGUUGGAUCUCCUGAGGAGCUGGAAAUGCUGCGGGGAGCCCUGUUUCUGAUGACAACUUGGUCUGUGCUCAAAGGCUCAAAGUAUCCCUCCCAGUUGAUGGACAGUGCUUGGCCCAUUGAGGGCAUCGGGUGAAUGGAUGCCCUGAGACUGACCUACACAGUACUCCAGGCAUGCUUACGUGUGGUAACACUAGAUUGGGGGCAAGUUAUAUGCUAAACAUAUGCUGAGAGUAUAUACCAACCUGCUUGAAUUUGUAGGCUUCUGCUGGGGUUGGUUCACACCUUUACUUAUUGACUUGUGAUAUGGCUGAACAUAAUUUGCCUAGCAUGAUUUCACUCAGCAUGUGCAUUCAUUUAUUUUAAUUUUCAUUUUAAUUUACUAUCCACAUGUCUAGCAAGUCUAUAUAGUAACAGACAUGCAAUUCCACCUAGGACUAGGCAUGAUUAUCCUGAUUGUUUAUAAGCCUGUGUGUAUUUUCCUAUUACUCUUGUUCUAUAACAAUAAAAAAAAAAAGUGCAGCAUGCUAUGAUUACUCGAAGCGAUAUAUAGUUAAUCUCUCUUAUGUAUUAAAUACAUCAUCAAGUUUGUGUUCUCCUUGGAAAACACCUGAUUACCCUUUAACAAAAAGUCACAGGAAAGACCAUCCCAAAGUCUCAGAUUUUAUGAAAAUCUACAGGGCUCUCAACCGAUUACUGCCACCCAAAUUAUUAUUCAUGAUGUGGAAGCUUAAAAUUUGCAUUAUUAAGAUAGCGGAAGCAGGGGUGGGCUAUUGGUGAUACACCACUCCUAAAUGGUUUAAAAAAAUAACUAUAGGCAGUGAUCAUGGACACUUUGAACAUAACCUCUCUUCCCACCUGUAGCGGUUAUAAUGUCCUUUGAAAUAAUUAUUAUCAAGGAGUGUGGAUUGGAAAGUGUUACACACAGUAUAUACAUACUUGGAGAUUAAUGAGUAGGCAAGGAAUGUUCCACAAAGAGAAGAUUUGUCAUGCUAUUUUAAGCGUUCGACUCACUGUGUGGUUGGAUAAAUGUAAUCUUUUAAUUAAAGAUGCAAUAGCAACGCAUCAUUUGGACUUCACUGAGAACCUCUCAAUAAAUGCUGGAGAGUAGAAGCAGCCGUAUAAAUGUAACCCUUGCACUACCAAGAGGGAGACAGCAUAAUACAAAGAAAUUAUGUAUCCCUAGCUGAUGAACUACAACUCUCAUGAUGCUUUGCAUGCCUUUAGAAUGCGUUACAAUGACAAAACAUCAUGGAAGCUGUAGCUUUAAAACAUCUGGACAUCUACUUUUUGGGCACCCCUUCCUUAACGUAAAUUAUGACUGGAAUAAUGGUAAUUGAAAUAUUAGUGUACUACGAAAUAAAUAGAAUAACUCAUGAUAUACAAAAGUUAUAUUCUGAAACUAAGGUUAUGUGCUAUAAUAAUUGCUUCAAACAGUAUAUUACAUAUUUAAAGGAAAGAAAAUGACCAAUACUAAUAUAGAAACCAGUUGUUCUCUUGCUUGUGUAACCACUAGAUCAGAAAACAGCAUCAACUCCACCCAUUUACACUUUUUAGUAAAUAGUGAUUAAUACGUUUUCAAAUUACCAUGUUGUGUUUUGACUCCUUCCUGCCAAACCCAUAUAUACAAACAUAUUAAAUUUUGUUUUGCAAUGCACAGUGUACAGAAGUAUUUUUAAGUUAGGGUACAGUUCUGUGUUCAAACAUCCAUGUGUAGACAGGACAGAGUGCUUGUAACACACUAUAGAGCUUCAUUGCAAGCUGCAUCAUUGUUGUGUUUUAACCACUUGCCUGUACUUACUGUGUAUGAGCAUUACAGAUACACUGAGAAAUUCAGUUCAUAUUCUUUGAGAAGUAAAAUUACAAAAAUGCACAUGUUUUACAGAUACCAAUAAGCAUAGCGUGGGUCCAUUUUCUAUUUAUCUCUUCUUAUCAUGCUUACUAAGAAAGACACACAUGGAAUUAUUUCUAAGAUGUAUAUGCUACGUAUCCUUGAAUUGCAAGCUACAUAUCUAUUUGCAAAAUGUAUUUUUCUUAAACAAAAAGUACUUAAUAACAGAGGGUUAACUUUGCUAUGGGUUUAUGCUCUCUGAGAGUGAAAUGAGCCAGACACUAACACAUUGAACCUAUUGAUGGUUAAGGAGAUAUGUGGAAUGAUCCAAGCUCUAGAACUGUCAAGCUGAUAAAUAUCAAUGAUUUUCAAGUUCUGAGAAUAAAAAUGGCCAAAUUCAGUAUUGCUUGGAUCUGGGUCUGUGAAGUAAGGCCUGAAGAACUGAGAUGGAGAUUCUCACGGCAAGGGUGCAUAAUUUGUUAUUACACUAGGGAAUAUUGCUAUUUAAUAUAACUUGUGUAGUGCAUCAAUAAUUUGACCCCUGGGCAGAGGACAAAUGGCAAAGAGAAAUUGCUCUUUUGAUCAAAAUGGGCUUCUGCAAGGUGUGAAAAGGAUUGCCCUUUUAUCUAUCAAAGGCCCUGCAAGGUGAGACAUUUUACACUUGAGUCGCCUGUAUGUCAAGUUUCAAUGUAAACUAACUGACUUUGACCAUAUGGCCUUAAACUCUCAAUUAAUAGUUUGAUCCUUAGAUAUGGUAAGGGUAUUAGUUUCAUCAAGACCCAGGUGUUCCAGUAUAAUGUCCAAGAGAAACAUUACUACUUACCCACAGCUUAAUAAUUAAGCCUCAUUUUUAUUAUAUUUGGAAUGGGACAAGCCCAAUCUUUUAAUUAAGUCUAACCAUGAGUUGCAAAACUUAAACCGUGUGGCAGGAAUUGUGAUGUCAGUCCUAUUGGUUUGUGGGUGGGGCGUGCGAUGUGUCUCUGGGAUGGGAAAAUAAUAAUAAAUUCAUAGAUGCAAUGAUUAUUUCUGUGGCAGGUACAUAAGAGAAGAUAGAGCCAAAUGUUUCCAUUUGGAUUGACAGUGGCCUGUAACAAAGGAGGUGGUCACUUAUUAUUUUUAUAGGUACGCCUUAACUCCUCCCCUGGGCAAGACUUGAUAAUGCACAGGGUAUGUAGCCAAUGAUUUGGAGUGGUGUGGUGUACUUGCUUAGGGUCAAGUUCUAAUUUUGAGACCCCCUGGGCAGAGUUAAGUGAGUAAUUAGGACUUCUGCUAUUUUAUACUUUUUGUUUUUAUCUGUUGUUGGUGUAAAUAAUUUGUUUAUCAUAUAUUUUUGUAUGCACUGUGACUAUUUUGGCUCAUAAUAAGCAUUAAUUUAUUAAGUUCUGCCUUUGUCUGGUUAAGAAUCUCAUUACCUGAAGAGACUAAUUAGUAUUUUGCAAUUACAUAGAUAUUGUGCUAAGUAAUAUUUGGUAGAUUAUUAUUAUUAUUGAUGUACCUGGGGGACCAAGGCACCCCAUUUAUAAAUUGUCUUGGUGGUGGCAGCAUUAAAAUAGUAAUAGUUAUAUUAGUAUGUUUACGUGUGGGUGGUAUUAAGGGGGAUUUUGUCAUUAUUUCCGGUCUUGUGCAGACAAAUAGUGAACGUUAACCAUUUCCCCACCAUAACUACGUCACGCACACUCUUAAAGUAGGGCUUGUUCGUGACAGAGAUGAUACAGUUACAUGAAGGUAUUAACAGCCAGGAGCAGCAAAGGAAAUAGAGAGGGGGUGGGCAGAGCAAAUAUGUGUUGUAUUUCUAAUGUUGGAGUGUUCCUGUAACAAUCCUGCAGGUUCUGUAUUCGCACUCCUACUCCAUCCCCUAGACCGGGAAGAGGUUCAACCAAUGAUAAUUAUCUAUGACGUCUAAUUUUAUCCCAUAAAUUCACAUUAAGUAGAUACAUGCGCAUAAUGCGGGAUAUUUAAUAUAGCUCAAAAGUUAUUCUGUUUAUUGCAUCACCUCACAUUCUGCAAAUGCUGUCAGUUUAUUUUCAGAAUUUUCUAAAAGGCACUUAAAAUAGUGCUCGCCCAAGAUGUGGCUCUGGUUCUGGAGCUAGAGUUGAAUAGGAAUGGUAGGGACUUUGAACAGCACAUUACAAAAAUAUUUUUUAUAGUCAAAGAAGAACAAACGACUUCCACCUCUAACAUGACUAUCCAAAGGGAAGACUUAUGCAUGUAUCCAUUUUUGCAAACUGCAGCAGAUAUAAGCAACUAUUUGCAGUGAGAAUGAAAUGUGGGACCACCUUGCCCCAUUCUAAAUGCAAGGAACAUAUAUUUUUAGGGUGCUGGACGUGUCCCUUCCAGUGAGCAUAAUGUAGAUGUUAGGGAGCUUCUGGACCCACAGUUAGAGACAGUCUGAAUUAUUUGGUUCCAAGCAUAGAAUUGUAGGGUGUAAAUUAAUAAUGUGUUUGUGAUUGAACACUAUGCCCUCAAUCCCCAACAUAAAUAAUUUAUUAUCUGAGGGAAAUGGGACAUUGAUACAAAUAAAGAUGAUAAACAAGUAAACUCUUCCCAUACAAGGCCAGCUCAAAUUAUUUAUCUUCAUGAACUUAAAGGAACACUACAGCGUUAGGAAUGCAAACCUGUAUUCCUAACGCUAUAGUGCCCGUGUCCCUAGUUAUACACAGGUGCCCCUGUAGUAGUAAAGAUUAACCUUAGGGGUCCCAGAUGUGUCUAAACUACAUUUCCCAUGAUGCCUAGCCAAGCUUUAAUGGAUACUCCAGACAUCAUGUCCACUACAUCUCAAUGAACUGGUUAUGGCCCACAGAAUUCUCCCUCUUGCCUUUAUUUAUUUUAUUUAUGCCUUUAAAUGUUAAAUUGUUUUUGAAUGGUUUAACAAUGAAGUAGAAUCCCCCAAUUCAGGAAAUGUGGGAGUGUUUGCUCAAGCAGUAUUGAUGACCUCCCAACCUCAAUAACCGAUCUUCCCUCCCGCAGCUGCAUCAUCUAAUAAACUAAGCCUUCAUUGUAAACUCUUCUAGAAACCUACUUUCCAUUACAUAAAAUUAAUCUUACCUUUAAAUUUCUUGUACCAUUUUACCCCUUCCCCUAAAACGGAGGCUCGUUUGAGCAGGGCCUUAACACCUUCUGUUCAUGUACAUCCAACAUGUCUUGUUGCAACUACAUAUUUGUUAGUCCACCUGUUGUACAGCGCUGCGGAAUUUGUUGGAGCAUUAUAAAUGCUAAUAGUAGACCGUCACUGACAGUCUAUACUGAGUAAUGCUCCAAAACUGUAACAGUUUUGAAGCAUUACUCACUAUGUGUGGGCGGUGAUAGGUUGAGAGUGUCAGUCUAUCACUGCUCACUUCUUGAGUAAAUCCAUUGCUGAAGAGAAAUCCAUCCCUGAACCUCAGAUACUCCUUUAACUCUUCAGAGUUAUAUUGUUAAAGGACCACUAUAGUGCCACGAAAACAUACUCAUUUUCCUGGCACUAUAGUGCCCUGAGGGUGCCCCCACCCUCAGUGUCCCCCUCCCGCCGGGCUGGAUGGAGAGGAAGGGGUUAAACUUACCUCUUUCUCCAGCGCCGGGGCGGGGAGCUCUCCUCCUCCUCUCCACCUCUUCGGCUGAAUGCGCAUGCACGGCAGGAGCCGCGCGCGCAUUCAGCCAGUCCAUAGGAAAGCAUUCUCAAUGCUUUCCUAUGGACGCUGGCGUCUUCUCACUGUGAAAAUCAGUGAGAAGUGCGGAAGCCCUCUAGCAGCUGUCAAUGAGACAGCCACUGGAGGCUGGAUUAACCCUAAAAUAAACAUAGCAGUUUCUCUGAAACUGCUAUGUUUAUAGAUGAAAGGGUUAACCCUAGCUGGACCUGGCACCCAGACCCCUUCAUUAAGCUGAAGUGGUCUGGGUGCCUAUAGUUGUCUUUUAAUUCCCAACACGUUGUGUUUGAUUGCUUACUUUAUGUACUUCUGCUUCCUCAUCAUAUAUUAAAAAAAAAAACCUCAUUAACAACAAUUCUGCUAUUUUUAUCUUUAGUUUACAAACUGGCUCUGGACAACCUAAAACGGUUUUCAUGCUGCGUGGUUUAGUGAAAGGUGCACUCCUAUCAUUUCUGUGACACUUCCUUAUUUGUUAGGAUUAGUUACGCAACUUAUGUUUCAAUAUCCUGUUUUAAGUUAAUGGGAAUUUCUGUAAAAAAGAUUCCACAUAUCUGUUCUUCCACAUCAACUUCAGUUAUUUACUGUCUUGACAGCUGUGUAGUUGUUACAUUAUUCAUACUAUUCAAUGUUUAAGUCACUAGCAAGUUAUAGAGGCUUGUGAACAAUUAUACACACAUCAUGAACACUUUGACCACAUGUGCAUAUCGUCUUUAUAUCUAUUAUAAUUUUACGGUAAAGCCUGCAUUUUGUUAGGGGCACUGUUUGUUUUUUUUCAUCAAAAACUGCUUUAAGUUAUUUUGUUUUGUCAAAAUUGCAUAGUGUCCUGGACCCAGAACAGCAGCCCUGAUUUGAUACUUUGGUCCCAACAUAGGGGGAUAAACCUAUGGACUCCCGGUUCCUGGUGGAUAUCACAUAACAUGUUAUAAACCUGCAUUGUGAGCACAAUAUUGGAUAGAACACAUGCAUAUUGUGUUAGUGACUCUGCGGCACUCUGUGAAUGCAUGCAUGAUGGUUGGCUUGCUGGCAACAUGUGUCCCCCUCCUGCUAAGUAUGCAUAAUUGCUAAGAUAACAUGUUACCUCCAAUUAAUGCAUACUGAUAUGGCCCUAAUAGUGAUGUCCUGAACUGUUCGCGAACGGUUCGCCGCAAACGGUUCGCCACGGACUCAUCAUUGAGUAAACUUUGACCCUGUACCUCACAGUCAGCAGACACAUUCCAGCCAAUCAGCAGCAGACCCUCCCUCCCAGACCCUCCCACCUCCUGGACAGCUUAAUAAGAAUGCAACUUCACAAUGGAUGCUGUCCAGGAGGUGGGAGGGUCUGGGAGGGAGGGUCUGCUGCUGAUUGACUGGAAUGUGUCUGCUGACUGUGAGGUACAGGGUCAAAGUUUACUCAAUGAUGAGUCCGUUGCGAACCGUUCGUGGCGAACCGUUCGGCGAACAGUUCGGGAAAUCACUAGGCCCUAAUGAUGCUGUUUGCAUCACUGGCAUGUCCCUUGUCAUACCCUCCAACCACCCUAGAUUAGGUUGUACAAUCCUGCUUUUAGGCCCCUGUACACAUUUAGAUUUCUGCUGUUCUAUAUUUGGGGACAUCAGAACCUACACGUCCCGGUACAGUUGUAUAACGUGUCUGUAUAAUAUGCCUCUAAUUCUCAGCUGGCUUUUAUCAUUUGUAUGUGCUAUCUAUUUCAAUUAGACUGGUUAAUUAUUUACUACAGUGCAAAUUCAAAGUGAAUUUCAACUCUAAAGCCAAAGUCAAAUGGGAAACAUUUUUAUGGUUCAGCUAUUUUGACUUUAAAUUUGAAAUUCGUUUUGAAUUCUCAUGUUAGUGAAUAACUGUAUUUUACAGUAAACUGGCCAUAAUACACACAAUGAAAGCCUUACAUUGCCACUUUAGCAACAAAGUAACUGUCUCACAUCAUGGGAGUGGUUGGAAUGUUAUAUACCACUAAUUGCAAAAAAGGCGAAUAUUAUUAACACCGACGUCUUGUAUUCUAUUUGCGGAGUUUUAGGGUGUAGCUGUGGUUUACUGCCAGUAUUGAGCUUCCUAGCACAUUUUGUAGCUUGAGGUACCAUUAUUUUACGCAGUGGUGGCCAAUAUUCAUCAUCUUUUAUCUAUCAGUUAGAAAUAGUGUGAAAUCCUGUGAGUAAUAAUCAUCGGCAGUAACACACUAAAUAUUACUAGAUACAUUUGUGACAGUCAUUGUUGUUGCUGUAUAUAAUUUUUUUAUAAUUAUUAUUUACAUCUAUGUAAACAUUAUACGGUAAGUCUUCUCCCAAAUAGGUGGGAGAAUCCAUUGAAUUUAAUACUUUGAGCAGCAGAGUCUGACAAAGGUCAUGUGACCAACAUGACAAGGUGUUAGAGUAUGUAUAACAGUGCGUUUGGCAGACUGAACAGCAAGUGGAUCAGUAACAAGUGUAUAUAUAGUUAUAGACAGGACUAUUCUUAACUUUUGGUAACUGACCCAAAAAAAGAUUUAUAUUAAAUGAGAUCGGAAUUUUGCUGGUGCCAACAAUAUUACUUACAAUUAGAUAAGAUUAAAAAAAAAAACAAAUGUGAACAUUCUUUAUUUAUGUUCAAUUUUCAUAUGAAAAAAUUACAGAAGAAAAAGAAUACAAUGCAAUACAAGAACAUAAUACGUCUGCAAAUUGCACAAAAAAGUCCAGAUGUUAGUGAUAAUGGUUGUGUGCGGGUCACAACACAUAGCAAGGUUACACAGAGCACAUGUGACAGCAAUCGAUAGUGUAGUGACUAUCAUGGGUUAAGUAACAGGUCGAUCAGACCGCACACAUUAUACUGUGAGCCUAGUAAUGUUAUCAAAAACUUUUGAGUGAUUGCCCUUUGUGGAUGGGCUCUAUGAUGUGUCGUUAGCAGGGACGCAUUAUAAGGAGAAUUAAACAGAAAUCAAUCUAGAACUGGAAUAAGGUUAGCAGGGUGACCACUAGAAGUCCGGAGAAGGCUCUUAAUUUAUGUCCUACUCUGAGUCAGAACAACAAUCCGUCGUCUGCUGGCGAGUAAAGAUUAAAUGACAAAGCCAGAGAAUUGGUGUAUGGGAGCUUCAUACUGGGCCCCUAAGGAACAAGGUCCUGGAUAAGAACUCUACUCUACUCACCCCAUAUCCCCUAAAGGGGCACUUGAAGCACCAUAACAACUGCAGCCCUUUAUAGUGGUUAUGGUGCCAGCAUGGCAGUGGAUCUAAUCACCAACUGUGUGUUAAAUAGUUUUUUUUAAUGGUGUGACACAAACAAAGAGUUGCUAAGAAACUCACCUGGUUUGUAACAAACUGUUCAAAAAAUGGUGCCUGUGACAUGCUGGCACCAUAACCACUACAAGGGACUGUAGUGGUUAUGGUGCUAACAGUGUCCCUUUAAGUGCCUUACUUUCAUGCUAGAUUUCUUUUUGAAAAUAUUAUUAACAUUCUGGUGGCUGAUGUUGAAUAUAUUGUUUAAAGAUCGCCAUACAAUUGACAGCAGGGCUGUAGUGAUAUCAACAUCUGGUCGUCCAUCUAUUUGCUCGUAGCGUUUCAGAGGAGCAAUAAGCAUGGUACAUGUAUCAACGUUAUGUGUUGCAAAUCCUUUCAUAGGAAUUGAUUACUUUAAGAUUCGUGUGAGAUUUUUUUUACUUACGAUGUUUUGAUCCAAAAUCAGGCUUAAACAACCUGUGACAGAAUUCUAAAAGAAGUGUCAUCUACAAUCAAGUAUUACUUUUCCGUAAUACAAUGUAAUCAGGUCAAUAACAUUACUCUUUCAAAGAGUCUAUUUUUCUUUCCAUGGCUGAAGAAAAUCACAUCAUAACUUUGAUUAAAGUCCAUUUAUUACCGCUGCACACGCAGCACCACAUAUUGGCACUAGCAUCUUGAAAGAAAUGCUGUAAAUAAAACAGAAGAAAAGGCAGUGAGGCAAAAAAAAUCUGAUCCUUUAAAAAUGAGGUUUGUGAACCUCUUAAAGCAAUGAAAACACCCUCAUCAUUUAAAUGAUAAUGUUGUCGUCCCCCUAGGUCCCUCCCUCUCCACCCCCCGAUAUAAAAGGACACAACAAGGCAGCUUGUUUAUUACCUAAGAUGUACAUAUAAAGAGCAAAAAAGAUUUAUUUUAUUUAUUUAAUUCCUAUCAUUGAGAAACAUACAUUAUUUCAUAGCACCUAUUCAUUUAUAAGCGUCAAAUAGAGCGGCAGAUUUGUUUUCAUACUUUGUUUUGUUACUCAUAUAAUGACAUUUUAAAGCUAUAAAAAAUGUUUUAAAAAAAUGAAAAUGCAAAAACAGAUAACAUGCCAAGCAUGAGUUGCACUCAAAAAUAAUAUACAAAACGCUAAAUAAUGUCAUAGUCCCUACAGGUGAUAAAUCUACUAUGGUAUGUUCUGUUAGAAAAAAAGGGGGGGGGCAAAACGACCAGGGGCUUCAGUCAAAAUGUACAUUAAACGCCCCCUCGUACGUUCUGUAUAUCACAUUAUGACACCAAAUCUUCCAUUGAAUUCGGAAUAUUACAUGACUCUUUAUUUCAUUUAUAAACUCCACAACUACUGUAUUGAACCAAAGCCUUGCCAUGCUUUUCUAGGCAUUUAUGUAGCCCACCUCUUCCAGUCUUCUGUACUAUGAGUUUAUACGCCAUAAGCCAACACAUUUCUCAAAGUUCUCAUUGUCUCCUCAACCUUUCUCCCAUGCAAUCACCUAACCAGGCUUCACCUCUGACAUAACUUGAUUGCUUAAUGUUCGUGGUUCUCCAGAGCAGAGUUAUAGCAUUAAUUUCUCUGUAUUGCUGCACCCUCUUACACAUAUUUAAUCCAUCCAUAUGUACCAUCCCAUUCCAGAAUAACUAAAGCAGGAUUUAACCAUUCACCUUUACUGUUCCAUUCUUUAAUUGCAAAAUUGGUUUAAAGGAACACUAUAGGGUCAGGAACACAAACAUGUAUUACUGACCCUAUAGUGUUAAAACCACCAUCUAGCCCUCCUGCCCUCCUUUCCACUCUAAAUAUAGCAAAAUAAAACCUUUAUUUCAGCCUGCUGCUGCUGGUUCUGCCCCUGAUCUGCCUGCUUGGCUGGCAUCAUCAGAAGUGGUGAACUUAGCCAAUCACAAUGAUUCCCCAUAGGAAAGCAUUGGAUUGGCUGAGCUUGUCAAGGAGACAGAUCAGGGCCAGAGCCAGCACAAGCUAAACAGAGCCCUGGCCAAUCAGCAUCUCCUCAUAGAAAUGCAUUGAAUCAAUACAUCUCUUUGAGGAAAGUUCAGUGUCUCCAUGCAGAGAGUGGAGACACUGAAUGUAAGUCACACUGUGCAGCACUGCCCCAGGAAGCACCUCUAGCAGCCAUCUAAGGAGUGGCCAGUGAAGUUAUCACUAGGUUGUAAUGUGAACACUGAAUUUGCUCUGGAAAGACAGUGUUUACUGCAAAAGCCCUGAAGGUAAUGAUUCUACUCACCAGAACAAAUACAAUAAGCUGUAGUUGUUCUGGUGACUAUAGUGUCCCUUUAACUAUUGAUAUUUUCUCACCCAUGCUUUCACCUCUCCAACCUAUCGGCAUUUGCUUCGAACCCUCCUGUCUUCAACUUUUCUUCCUUAUCAAAUGCCAUCAUUUUUUCUGCAUAUAUUAAUCUCUCAGGUCAUUAUGCUAUUUGCAUUUCUCCACUCAUUCAUUUUUUCUUUCUUUCGCUGUCAUCUUUCCUCUUUCUUAAGAAUGAGGUUUGGGUGGUUGGUCUUUAUGUCUGCCUACGCUCUUGGCAUCUGUCCGUCAGCAAUAUUUUUGUGCCCAGUAAAGAUAAUUUACUGAUGACAACUGUGUAAAAAUGCAUGAUUACAAAAUCCUUGUAAAAAACUUGAAUUAAGAAAAACUACAUAUGUAAUGCAUUGCAAAUUAAGGUUUGUGCUUGAUUUGGGACCUUUAAAAAAAAAUAUUUGUUGGAUAGUUUAACCAUUUGAGUUCCAGACUAAUGAUAAACUAUGACUGCGUUCCUUUUUUACAUUUGGUUAUCCCAAGUUGCUUUACGUUUUUUUUGUUUUUAAGAAAAGGGCAGCAUGAAGAAAUGGUAUAUUUGUUUUUAAUAACAUUACAUAAUUCACAGAAACAUUUCUCAAAGUGAUUUAAAUUUCCUCAUAUGAAGUGUGAUCAUUCUUGAUUUGCCUUAUAUGUGAUACAACCCUGAGAAAUUAUCUCGUCACUUUUUCAUGAAGUAAUGAUCUUAUCAUUAACAGAGCAAGCCAGGGAGACCCAUUUCAAAAUAUUUCAGGCUUUUCAAAGACUAUCAUUUCCAAGUGAGCGUUCUAGUAUCAAAUGACAAACAGAAGGAAGGUCACAUAAUCUAUAAUUAAUAAAGUUAUACAAUAUAUCUACUGUUUAGUAGGUCUAAGGACAAUACAACUGAAGUUUCAUAAACAUACAGAGAGGAAGUGGUUUGCGACACAAUUUGCUAUAAGCACCAGUAACAACCCCUGGAUGUUGGGCUAAGGUAACAUCCCCAGGACGUACGUGAAAACCUGAGUAUUUUGAAUGUACCUUUCCUGGUUAAAUACUUUGUUAUUAUUAUUAUUAAUAUUAUUAUACAUUGAAUAAAAAAACAUAUAGAGUGAAUUUUAUCAAAAGAUUAUGGUGUAGGUUACAGGACUUUUUUUGCUGUGCCCCUAUACGGUGAUUAAUGAAAGAUCUGGUGUUUUGGUUUGUUAGCUUGUCAGUUGAGAUGUUUUGGAGAUUAACCGUUUCCCUGUUGCAUCCUUUAACAUAGGUUUUUAAAGAGGAAGUCCCACAAAUGAAAAGCAAAAUGAGCUGUUUUGUAUUAGCAAGAUAGAAUUAGCAUCAUAGAAUAUCAAAUGGUAUUAUAUUCAAUGAGAAAGAGAGAGAGUGAGAGAGUUACUUCAUAUUUUCAAACAUUUCAAUAUGGAAAAAAUGAAAUUUUUAGGAAUAUAAAUGGGGGGAAUGGCCAGUGGUGGGUUUAUUAAACUAAAAACUAAAAUAUAAUUAGGAACAAUGUUUCUCAUUUACACAGACUCAUAUAUAAACGCUGUUAUUGUAGUUUAAAGACUCACUGUGAGUGUUAUUGCUGUGGAGCUCUGUUAUACUCUCAGACAGACCAACAGUACGGAACUCCUAGAAAAGAGGGACAGAGGGAUGGGCACAACAUAGGGACUGUUCCUCUUAAAUAGGGACACUUGGAACGUAUGGAUUCAUGCACUUAAUCUGUAAAUAAUAAACAGAUUUUGUUUCAUUUCUUAGAUUCUGUCGGGAUUCCCCUUUAUUUGUGGGAUCUUUACGUGAAGAUUUUCUUUUUCUGCUUCAGAUAUUAUCUAAAGGAAUUUCUACAAUAGCACAGUCAAAUGUAAUUUAUUAAUAAAGGAACAUUUCUAAAUUAACCUAAAUGCCACCUUUUCAUGGACAAUUAGUGGGUAACAUUUAUCCCAUUUCUAAUGACAUUUAUGUACUCAGCAGGUUUCCAAAAGGCAGUAAUAUGACAUUUAUCGAAAGCUUUCUGUGUCACAUUACUAUUGUUUGUAUUCUAUAUUUGGAUAUAGUGUCACCUCAAUCUCUGUUACUAUGGUAUCCUCAAUCAUUCCGCUCGCGGAGAGUGAGAGCACUUUAAAAUGAUCCUCCAGUAGUAGGUAGGACUUCACGAGUGAAAUAAAUACAGUAACAUUUUCAUUCUGAGAUAGGCUAACAGCAGAGUCUUAUCUUGUGCAUCCCAAUUGCAAAGUUGUGUGCAUAGGCAUGCGCAUGGGGUGUGCCGGGUGUGCCUGGGCACACCCUAAUCCCCGCGGCACGCCUAUGUAUAUUGAGACCGGCAGGGGAGAUCUCAGGAUCUCCCCUGUAGGCUCAUGCAGAGCCGGCGCUAUCCGAGCGCCGGCUCUGCUCUCAGCCUCCCUCCCCACUGACCCACAUGGAGGGAGGGAGGCAGGAGAGGACCGGCGGAGCUACUGCCGGCAGCUACGCUGGGUUCCUCUCGCGAGAUAUGAGCGUUGCCACGGCAACAAUCAAAUCUCGCGAGAGUGAACUCUAGCCCCACAGGGGCUAGAGUUCACUCUCCACUGGACCACCAGGGAUGGAAUAAGCAGCACGAUCCCCCCUCCCUACAAAAGGUAAGAAGGGAGGGGGUAUAGCAAGUAAUGUACCCCAACCUCCACCCCCACAAUCCCCCACCCACAUACAGCACACACACAUACAGCACACCCACAUACAGCACCCACACCCAGACAGCACCCAUACCCAGACAGCACCCACACACAUACAGCACCCACAUUCAGCACCCACAGACAUACACAGCACCCACACACAUACAACACCCACAGACAUACACAGCACCCACACACAUACAGCACCCAUACACACCACCCAUACACAGCACCCACAGACAUACACAGCACCCACAGACAUACACAGCACCCACAGACAUACACAGCACCCACACACAUACAGCACCCACAGACAUACACAGCACACCACAGCACCACACACAUACAGCACCCACACACAUACAGCACCCACAGACAUACACAGCACCCACACACACACAGCACCCACACACAUACAGCACCCAUACACAGCACCCACAGACAUACACAGCACCCACAGACAUACACAGCAACCCACAGACAUACACAGCACCCACACACACACACAGCACCCACACACAUACAGCACCCACACACAUACAGCACCCACAGACACAGCACCCACAGACACACACAGCACCAACACACAUACAGCACCCACACACACAUACAGCACCCCCACAAACACACACAGCACCCUCACACACAGCACACAAACAGCACCCUCACACACACACAGCACACUAACAGUACCCCCACAAACACAAACAGGACCCCUAACAAACACACACACAGCACACUACCAGUACCCUCACACACAAACAGCACCCUCACACACAGUACAUUAACAGCACCCCCACAAGCACACACACACACACACAAACAGCACCCUCACACACAGUAAUUAACAGCAUCCUCAUUACACACACACAAACACCCUCACCCACAUAGCACACUACCAGUGUGUGUAUGUGUGUAUAUAUAUGUAUGUGUGUGUGUGUAUAUAUAUAUAUAUAUAUAUAUAUAUAUAUAUAUAUAUAUAUAUAUACACAUAUAUAUAUAUAUAUAUAUACAUACAUACAUAUAUAUAUGCGGCGUGUGCUUGUGCUUUAGGGUGCGCACCCUAAUGCAAUAGGCUGCGCACGCCUAUGGUUGUGUGUGAUUGAGUCUCAUCUGAAUCCACCAACUCCUAAUUGCCAUAUGACGAACCAUGUAACACACAAAAUAAGCAGUUAAUGGACAAUGGUCUAUCGAGUCAUGUGGGCUGGAUCUCCUGUCCAAUCUAGAGGUGGAAGAAAAUAUGAUAGCUGUUUAGGUGACAGGCACAGUUGGUUUUAUUCACAGAUCAAGUGACCGAUAGAUGUCCAAGUAGGAUUCUUUCAGACUCAUUGACUUCAACUACUGAAGGAGACAGAUCAGCAGACACUAUGUAUUGUUAUUACCAUUGCCGUGCCUGUGUCAUUGAUUAUAGUGUGAGACUGGUGAGGUGGCUAGAUUACUUCUAAGCCUAACCACUGUCAAUGCCACUUACACCAACUUUGAUUCACUGAUAUAUCUAGAAUAAUUUUACUAGUUUGUGUUUGCCUUCAUUUUUGUAAAAGACAGGUUUGAUUUGCAGUGUGCUUCAAUGCCACUACUUGUGCUUUGCAAAUUAUAAUGCAGUUUACUGCACAAAUGAACACUACAGUGUGUGUGGCAGGUCCUUUUUUAAAUCUUUGCAGAGUUCAGUAAAGUGUGUCUUGCAAGCAGCAUACAGCAUCAUGAAAGAUUCAGGUCUAAAAUUAUUUUUUAAUUAACGGUUUGCUGUGCAGUGUGCGAGAUCUGUGCAGUGAACUGUGUGCUAUGUGCAAUAUAGCUUUUAAUCUUAAAGUCAAACACAAUAACAUUACACUUGUAGUAAAUCCCUUCAAGCACCAACCAGUUCUUAAACACAAACAUCUAUUUUGCCUUAAGUUGUUUGUUUAUACAAUACACAAACUCAUCUAUCAUCAAUGUUACUUCCUAAUCUAAUGAAGAAAUUGAAGGAGGGUAAGGGUCGUGUUCCCCAAACCACUAUUAGUAGAGAUGCCAUGCCAUGGCCUCUCAGCAUCUUAACACUUCUACCUGGGGCAUGAGCACUACCUCCACCACUGCUGCUACUACCACAACUACCACCGCCACCACCAGAAGUAUCACCACCAGUUCAAAACUGAGGAGGAAAUUUUUUUUCUUUUCUUACUUAUGAUGUAAUUGAUGACUUAAAGUCUAACCUAGCAGAAGAAUCAGUUUUUUUAGCAGUAGAGUCAGCUAGGUCCAAAAGUAGUCACAGCACAUUUGUGCAGCAGGCAGACUUCACCAACCACAGACUGAGAGUACAUUUAGCAUGAGCAAUAUGACUAGUACAACUAGCUAGUUAGUCCUUCUAGACCCCCAAGAAGCAGAUGGAGAGAUGUAGGUUUAUUUUGUUGGUACCAUCAGAGAAAGCCUUUACUGAAGAGGUACAGCAGAGUACCAAAGUAUUGUCCCCAUGUCUGGUCUUGAUGAUGAUGGUGAUGAAUCUGGUGAUGAUAUUGCUCUUUCCACCACAACUUGCAACAUAGUUUUUUUUUUUACCUCAGUCCAGGAGGAACGGAACUCAACUAUGAGUUAAAGGAAUUACAAAAGGAGCAUCUCAAGUAGAUAAACCACUGCUAAUGUUGAGUGCUAAUGUGCUAAUGUUCAGUGCUAGCAUUGAGGCAGAUUCCACUGCCACUGAUAAAAAUUCAUUUGCGUCUUCAGAAGCCAUAGGGCAAUGUUUUGCGAAUACUAUAUGGCAAAAUUUGUGAUCACUUUAAGUGAUUCCAAGAAGGGCGAUUUGCAAACAGCAAGUUGUGUGGCAAAGAAUUGUGUAUGGGGAGAGUGGUAGAUCAUCUCACUAGUGCAGGUAUGAAAGAGACCAAAAGUCUGUAUUACUGAGGGAAGAAGCACUAGUGGUACCUCCUCCACAAUUAACAGACUUUGACAAUGCUUGUUGAGGAUAGUGCUAGUAUUCAACAGAGGGAAGUUGGACAGGAAUGGUUGGACUUUUCAUCAUCGGAUAAAAAAACGGAAUAAAAUUUAAAUUACAAAACACACACGAAAUGCUUGGAUUAUUCCUCUUUAAAAGGAGAGAGGAAAAUACCAAGCAAGCUGGUAAAAGUAUAAAUUAUAGGUGCACAUUAAUAUUAUGCCUAAUAAAUCUUAGAAUCUAGAGCCCAAAAGACAGGAAAAAUGGGGAAUAGGAACAAUUUGUAGAGCAAAGCUGAAUAUGGUUGAUACAGUGCAUAAAGAGUAUCUCUGGGUCCACUGAGAGAAGUAACAACUUUAUUAACCUAUUUAGGAGAAAGAGAUACAAAAGCAACUGUGUAUCAACAAUGUGAAAAUCGCUGAUUCCUAUAAUUACCUAUAAUCUCUAAUCUUAAUGCAUGAACAGAUCCAUUGUUCAAAAUGCUAUAGGUGAAAAUCCCAUAAACAGUGCAAUCCCUCCAGAUGUCUCGAUAGAAUAAUCAGUACGGAAAAUAUAACCACCGAAAAUGUACAAUAUGGAUCUAGAGGGAUAUUAGACCAAAUGCUCAUAUGGAGAAGGAAUAGAUAGAAAUAGUAAGUGUCUAAGAAGCGGAGAGAGGCAGCAAAGACAGGAUAUAAAGUAAGAUCCAAGUCUGAUAUAGCGAAAGAAACUAUCUCCGUUCUAAUGCUAUUUCCCUCACUUCUGCUAAUAAACACCUUUGUGGGUGUUCUAAGCUAGGUAGUUCGUUAUUACCCUCACUUCUGCUAAUAAACACCUUCGUGGGUGUUCUAAGCUAAAUAAUUGAGCUAAACACUGUUAUCCUGUCAGAUAGAGUUGAACUCUAAAAACAAAAUGAUGGAGUAGUGAUUAACGGAAAAUAAUAAUAAUCAUAAUCAAAGUGGUGAAAAAAAAGGGGGGGGGGAAGGGAUUCCCUUAGUGCAUCGUGAAUGGUGCACAGUGAUGUGCCGAGGUGCAGUGACUGGGAAUCCCCUCGAAAAAGAUCCGACGCGCGUUUCGGAGUGGCAAACUCCUUCGUCAGGGAUAGGAAUUGCCGCCCAAACACUCCCUGUAUUUAAAUCUCAGAUAGCCAAUCAUCACGUCGUUAUUCAUGACGUAACACUAUGUUCACCUACACUCUGUAGGGGGGUGGAGUUAGUCGUUAUUGACGUCAGAUGAUUGACUGGCUGGGCAUCCCUCGUGUGGAGAUAAACCUUCUGAAGUGUUAAACUUGUCUGGAACGCAAAUGGUUUAUUGAAUAAUCAAAUGGUUACAGUUUGUCCGUAUUUAGUGAGCCAUAGGUAAAAUAUAUAAUACAAUAUUAAAACCUACAGCUCUGUCUUUCCAGAUAUAUAGUUGGAAUAACGGACUAUUUGUAUAAAUCUAAAGUUAACACUAAAAUACAGAAGGUGAGGGAUGACAUUCGUUUACUUGAAAUAUAGAUAUUCCAAUUAAAGUGGAUCUUACUAAUAUAGCUCACAUAAUUUAAAUAGACAUAGUUAAAGUGAUAGACUGUUUAAAUUAAAGGUAAAGUUGCUAUUCAAAUUUAUUUGGAAAAUGUAUCAUCCGAAGAGCUCACUUGUAUUUUAUAAGUGGAAUAUCUUAAAAACCAAGAAAUGACAGCCAUCUUAGGGGAUAAUUACAUCUAUCCAUACAUAGUGAACCCUCUAUGGAGAUUAACAAAAAUAGAAAGGAGGGGGGGGAGGGGAAAUGGACGGCAAGUCAUUGGGACAAUUAAUGUCCCUCUAUUAACACACAUAGUAAAAAUAAAAUAGUGAAAAUUCCCUCAAGAAGUGUAUAUGCAAAUGACUAAGAUAAGUAAUUGGACUGUUUUUAAGUGCACCGGAAUUAAAUGUAGAGAGACUUCUAGAUAAAUGGAGAGUAUGAAAAACCCUCAUUAAGACCGUUGGGGGACAGAGUUUUAAGGCGGUAGAUCCAGUAGCAUUCACGUCUUCUCAGACGUUGAUCCCAAUUGCCCUUCCUCUGGUCCUGUUUAAUUAAUUCGAUGCCUUGGAAUUUGAGGACAUUCGAGUCCCCAUUGUGAGCUAAUUUCACAUGUCUAGAAACCGAUGUUUCUAUGUUCCUGACUGUUUUUAUUGAAUUUAUAUGUUCAAGAAUUCGUUUCUUGAACGGUCUGAAGGUUUUGCCUACAUACAUGAUGUUACAUUGGCAAGUGAUUAAAUAAAUCACUCCUUUUGAGUUGCAAUUAAAAAAUGAGAGUGAUUUGAAAUUUUCUGUAUUGGAGCUAUUAUUGAAAUUUUUGGAGUUGGUAUUAAUGUACCUACAGGCUUUACGCCUGUCACAUUUAUAGGUACCUUUAAUUUUGCCUGACAGCCAAUGUGUGGGUGAUUUAUUAAGCUGAAAAUGUACCAAUAAAUCUUUCAGGUUGUUACCCCUUCUAGCUGUCAGAGUUGCAUAGGGGGGGAGGACGUCCCUAAGAUACGUGUCUUGUUUUAGUAAAGGCCAGAAGCGAUUCAUGAUUGUUUUCACUUGAUCCCAGCCGGCAUCAAAGGUGGCAAUACACCUAAGUUGUUUUUGUUCGACUUUCAAUGGUGUUAAAGAGGAAACUUAUUUUUCUCUUAAUAAGUCUCCCUGUUCAGUUAAGAGAGCCCUAUGAUAUGCCUUCUUCAGGCAUUUAUUGGGGUAUCCUUUGGACCUAAACAUAUGGCGCAGUUCUCUUGCUUGUAUUUUAAAAUCUUCCAAGUCUGAACAAUUGCGUCUUAAACGUAGGUACUGGCCCGUUGGUAUUCCCUGUUUCUGCUGAGUUGGAUGAUGACUUUUCCAAUUCAGAAGGUUGUUAGUGGCUGUGCUUUUCCUGAACAGGUUUGUUUUAAUGAUGCCUUGUUCUUGUGGAGAUACCAUGAGAUCAAGAAAGCUUAGAGACGGGGUGCCAAUUUCGGCUGUGAAUUUAAGAUUCAAUUCAUUUAUGUUCAGAUCAAGUGUAAAUCGCCUGAACUGAUCCUCUGACCCAAUCCAGAUGAUUACAAUAUCAUCUAUGUAUCUUUUCCAUAGAUAUAUGUACUGGGUCAGCGGGUUUUUAGGGGGAGAUGUAAAGACUACUUGCUCCUCCCACCAUCCCAGGUGCAGGUUUGCAUAUGAGGGUGCACAAGAUGUCCCCAUAGCAGUCCCCUGCACCUGGUGGUAGUACACUCCAUCGAACAAAAAGAAGUUGUGUGUUAAAACAAAUCUUAACAGGUCCAAUACUAGGUCGCUAUGUUUGUCUAGGGGCAUCCCUCUCCUCCUCAAAAAAUGUUCUGUAUGUUUUAUUCCCAAGGGGUGUGGAAUUGAGCUGUAUAAUGAUUCUACAUCCAAGCUACAAAUGAUAGAAUUAGGUGGUAAUUUAGUUUGAGUCAGAACUGCUAGGGUUUGUUUGGUGUCUCUCAAAUAUGACGGAAGCUGUAUAACUAGUGGUUUCAGAAUGUGGUCCAAAUAGACACUAACAUUCUGAGUCAUAUUGUUGUUACCAGAGACAAUCGGUCUACCUGUCAAGGUCUUCUGUUGUUUGUGGAUUUUGGGUAGGCUAUAGAAGGUCGAAAUACGAGGACUAUUGAUAGCCAUAAAGUUAUAUUCAUCCUUAGAGAUUAAGUUGUCAUCUAAGCCUUGUUGUAAGAUGCUUUUUAGCUUAUCGGCGAAUAUUUUAGAGGGAUCUUGUUUCAAAAUUUUAUAAGUCAUUUGAUCUGUAAGUAUCCUUUUAUUCAUUUCCACAUAUUUCGGAGUGUCCAUUAUAACUAUAUUUCCCCCUUUAUCAGAGGGCUUUAUAGUUAUUGUCUGAUUCUCUUUUAAUGUUUUUACUGCUUGGUAUUCCAAUGCAGUUAAAUUUGAAUUUGGUUUAUAGCUUGUUUCAUUAAAUGCAACUUUUUCAAUCUCCUCACAUACUAACUCUACGAAAGUCUCUACAUACUUUGAAUCUCCUAAUUUAGGGCAAUAGUGACUUUUGUUCUUGAGAUUAGUCAAAGGGUAUUUUGGUCCUUCAGUGUUGUCAUUCUCUUCCAGCAAUUCUGCUAAGAUCAUGGUCAUACGGUAAUCUUUGAGUUCUAGGCCUAAACUUUUGGCUUUCUUCUCUUCAUUCAGGAGAAAGUUUUUAUGUAGAAUGAGCUUUCUUGCGAAAAGGUGUAUAUCCUUAACCCAAGUGAAUUUAUCAAAGCGUGGUAUGGGAAUGAAAGACAGACCUUUUGCCAACAGAUCUAAUUCCGAUUGUGUGGGAAUAUAGUCAGAUAAAUUGACAAUUUGUCUGUUCUUCAAAACCGGUUCUUUCUGUUGUAUUGUUUUUUGGAUCUUGACCUCAGGAAGGGGCGAUUGUCCCCCUGUGUAUGAUCUAAAAAAGUCACUCCUCUCUUCAAAAUCCCUCUAUUAUUCUCAUUAGAGGUAGAGGGGGUUACUGUUGUAUCCGUGUCUGAUCCACUGGACUCAUAUUCAGAGGUUGAAGCCUGAUCACUAUCGACCCUUCUUUUUUUAUUAUUAAACCUUUUAUAGACGUUCCCGGUUUUGAAGUCUUUAUGAUCCCUUAAAAAUUUUUUAUGUUUCCUUUGUUUUAUAAUGCUUUGGUAUUUCUCUAAAUUAGUUUGUAGUUUAUUCUCAUUUGGGCUAAAUGCUGGAUCUGUUUUAUGUUGUUGAAUUUUUUCCACUUCACUCUCAAUCUUUUUUUCAAUUUCUGUUAGUUUUUUAUUCUCAAAUUUACAUAUGAUCUGCAUAAAGCAUAUAGAACACUGGCCUGCAGCUUCCUCCCAUUCUUUGAUGAAUUCUUCUUCAUCAAUAUGUGAGCUGGGAGUGGUAGCUAUUCUCAGUCCCCUUGGUAUUAAACUCUUUUUUAGAUAGUUUUCUAAAGAUGCUAUCUCCCAACUAGACCUUAUUUGUUGCUUAUAUAAUUGUGUGAGGGAAUUAAAACCUGAUGUCAUAGAGUAAUUUAAGUCAUCUGGUUGCAAAUCGGAUUCUGAGAAGAUCAAUUCAGCGUCUUGGCACCAUUUGGUGGCAUUGGGUUUAUUAGCUAGGAAGCCUGCCAUAAGUAAAUGAUUUAGAUAUAAAGAAGUCUCUCUUCUGACCAUGUAAAUGGGUCUUAAACCGUUUAAUAGUAAUCAGAUAUAAGAAACAAAAGUUAUUUUUCCUUAGUCCUAGAUUCACAAAAUGUUAAAUCUAUGAUUAGGAAAAAAUUGGUCAGAAUGGGUGGUACCAGCUCCACCUAAUAUGGGCAUGAACCCUUUAUUUAUAAAAGAUAGAAAACACACACGAAAUGCUCUGAUUAUUCCUCUUUAAAAGGAGAGAGGAAAAUACCAAGCAAGCUGGUAAAAGUAUAAAUUAUAGGUGCACAUUAAUAUUAUGCCUAAUAAAUCUUAGAAUCUAGAGGCCAAAAGACAGGAAAAAAGUCAUCAUCCAACUCAGCAGAAACGGGGAAUACCAACGAGCCAGUACCUAUGUUUAAGACGCAAUUGUUCAGACUUGGAAGAUUUUAAAAUACAAGCAAGAGAACUGCGCCAUAUGUUUAGGUCCAAAGGAUACCCCAAUAAAUGCCUGAAGAAGGCAUAUCAUAGGGCUCUCUUAACUGAACAGGGAGACUUAUUAAGAGAAAAAUAAGUUUCCUCUUUAACACCAUUGAAAGUCGAACAAAAACAACUUAGGUGUAUUGCCACCUUUGAUGCCGGCUGGGAUCAAGUGAAAACAAUCAUGAAUCGCUUCUGGCCUUUACUAAAACAAGACACGUAUCUUAGGGACGUCCUCCCCCCCUAUGCAACUCUGACAGCUAGAAGGGGUAACAUCCUGAAAGAUUUAUUGGUACAUAGCCAUUUUCAGCUUAAUAAAUCACCCACACAUUGGCUGUCAGGCAAAAUUAAAGGUACCUAUAAAUGUGGCAGGUGUAAAGCCUGUAGGUACAUUAAUACCAACUCCAAAAAUUUCAAUAAUAGCUCCAAUACAGAAAAUUUCAAAUCACUCUCAUUUUUUAAUUGCAACUCAAAAGGAGUGAUUUAUUUAAUCACUUGCCAAUGUAACAUCAUGUAUGUAGGCAAAACCUUCAGACCGUUCAAGAAACAAAUUCUUGAACAUAUAAAUUCAAUAAAAACAGUCAGGAACAUAGAAACAUCGGUUUCUAGACAUGUGAAAUUAGCUCACAAUGGGGACUCGAAUGUCCUCAAAUUCCAAGGCAUCGAAUUAAUUAAACAGGACCAGAGGAAGGGCAAUUGGGAUCAACGUCUGAGAAGACGUGAAUGCUACUGGAUCUACCGCCUUAAAACUCUGUCCCCCAAUGGUCUUAAUGAGGGUUUUUCAUACUCUCCAUUUAUCUAGAAGUCUCUCUACAUUUAAUUCCGGUGCACUUAAAAACAGUCCAUUUACUUAUCUUAGUCAUUUGCAUAUACACUUCUUGAGGGAAUUUUCACUAUUUUAUUUUUACUAUGUGUGUUAAUAGAGGGACAUUAAUUGUCCCAAUGACUUGCCGUUCAUUUCCCCUCCCCCCCUCCUUUCUAUUUUUGUUAAUCUCCAUAGAGGGUUCACUAUGUAUGGAUAUAUGUAAUUAUCCCCUAAGAUGGCUGUCAUUUCUUGGUUUUUAAGAUAUUCCACUUAUAAAAUACAAGUGAGCUCUUCGGAUGAUACAUUUUCCAAAUAAAUUUGAAUAGCAACUUUACCUUUAAUUUAAACAGUCUAUCACUUUAACUAUGUCUAUUUAAAUUAUGUGAGCUAUAUUAGUAAGAUCCACUUUAAUUGGAAUAUCUAUAUUUCAAGUAAACGAAUGUCAUCCCUCACCUUCUGUAUUUUAGUGUUAACUUUAGAUUUAUACAAAUAGUCCGUUAUUCCAACUAUAUAUCUGGAAAGACAGAGCUGUAGGUUUUAAUAUUGUAUUAUAUAUUUUACCUAAGGCUCACUAAAUACGGACAAACUGUAACCAUUUGAUUAUUCAAUAAACCAUUUGCGUUCCAGACAAGUUUAACACUUCAGAAGGUUUAUCUCCACACGAGGGAUGCCCAGCCAGUCAAUCAUCUGACGUCAAUAACGACUAACUCCACCCCCCUACAGAGUGUAGGUGAACAUAGUGUUACGUCAUGAAUAACGACGUGAUGAUUGGCUAUCUGAGAUUUAAAUACAGGGAGUGUUUGGGCGGCAAUUCCUAUCCCUGACGAAGGAGUUUGCCACUCCGAAACGCGCGUCGGAUCUUUUUCGAGGGGAUUCCCAGUCACUGCACCUCGGCACAUCACUGUGCACCAUUCACGAUGCACUAAGGGAAUCCUUUCCUCCCCCCCCCCUUUUUUUCACCACUUUGAUUAUGAUUAUUAUUAUUUUCCGUUAAUCACUACUCCAUCAUUUUGUUUUUAGAGUUCAACUCUAUCUGACAGGAUAACAGUGUUUAGCUCAAUUAUUUAGCUUAGAACACCCACGAAGGUGUUUAUUAGCAGAAGUGAGGGUAAUAACGAACUACCUAGCUUAGAACACCCACAAAGGUGUUUAUUAGCAGAAGUGAGGGAAAUAGCAUUAGAACAGAGAUAGUUUCUUUCGCUAUAUCAGACUUGGAUCUUACUAUAUAUCCUGUCUUUGCUGCCUCUCUCCGCUUCUUAGACACUUACUAUUUCUAUCUAUUCCUUCUCCAUAUGAGCAUUUGGUCUAAUAUCCUUCUAGAUCCAUAUUGUACAAUUUCGGUGGUUAUAUUUUCCGUACUGAUUAUUCUAUCGAGACAUCUGGAGGGAUUGCACUGUUUAGGGGAUUUUUUUACCUAUAGCAUUUUGAACAAUGGAUCUGUUCAUGCAUUAAGAUUAGAGAUUAUAGGUAAUUAUAGGAAUCAGCGAUUUUCUCAUUGUUGAUACACAGUUGCUUUUGUAUCUCUUUCUCCUAAAUAGGUUAAUAAAGUUGUUACUUCUCUCAGUGGACCCAGAGAUACUCUUUAUGCACUGUAUCAACCAUAUUCAGCUUUGCUCUACAAAUUGUUCCUAUUCCCCAUUUUUCCUGUCUUUUGGGCUCUAGAUUCUAAGAUUUAUUAGGCAUAAUAUUAAUGUGCACCUAUAAUUUAUACUUUUACCAGCUUGCUUGGUAUUUUCCUCUCUCCUUUUAAAGAGGAAUAAUCCGAGCAUUUCGUGUGUGUUUUCUAUCUUUUAUAAAUAAAGGGUUCAUGCCCAUAUUAGGUGGAGCUGGUACCACCCAUUCUGACCAAUUUUUUCCUAAUCAUAGAUUUAACAUUUUGUGAAUCUAGGACUAAGGAAAAAUUACUUUUGUUUCUUAUAUCUGAAUAAAAUUUAAAUUACUCCUGUUUCUGGUGCUCCUCCACAUUUUUUAAAUGCCAUUCGUUGUAGUGAUUUUGCGCUACCUGGCUAAAUCUUUCGAUAUGACUAUGCCUGUUAACUCUCCAGACGCAAAUUGCCUUCUUAUUCAAAUCUUUUUUUCUAAGUUUCUAAAAGUAGUCUAAAAUCUGGUGGUGGUGGUUGCAAAUGCUUUUAAAUGCUUUUCACAGUAGUGAUUUUGCCCUGCCUGGGCUUUCUGGUUUUGUGGUGUGACUAUGCCCGCUACCUCCACAGAUGUAGUUUGUAUAAGUUGACAGGGCACUGUAUUUUUUUUCCAUGAUUAAGGACAGUCACACAUCUGUGUAAACGCAGUUUACUUCUCAUGGUGGAAUUGGUGGGUUACCAAAUUGCCCAUUCACUUUUUCCUUUCAUUUUUUAAAAAAAGCCACUUUUAUCAAAUUAAAAUUACUCCUGCUGCACCUCAUUUUCCAUUAAAGCAAGAUUGCAAAGGGAAAAAGCAAUCAUUAUGAAACUAACUGCUGUCACUUAAUAUUCUUUUUAAUACAGAUAUAUUUUGUCAACUCAAUAUUGGCAUUGCAAAACUGCCUGAUAAUGCCUAGCCAUUAGGUGAGCCAUUAUAUGUUAUCCAUUUAUGCAUUGCAAUACACAAAUCCUUUUAUUGUCCUAUUGGUUCCUUUUACCGCCCUAUCGGUUCCUUUUACCGUCCUACUGGUUCAUCAAAAUUGUUUUUCCACAAAACAAUCGCACAAAUGAAAUUAAUCCAAACCAAAAUAUCAUGUGAAUUCAUUAUUGUUCAUCCAACCCAAAAAUGUUUUGGAUGAACCAGUUUCUUUCACUGUGCACAAGUCUAGGUUAUUUUGACAUCGAUUGUGACUGCAAGAGUAUAUCUUGAGACUGAGAAGGUUCAAAUCUUGAACAUUCAAGCAUUGUGUUUUUGGAUAUCUUUCUAAUCUUAUCACUCCAGGUACCAUAUAGAUACAAUAUAUCAUGGAGGUAUGGCAGGUAAAGUGCAAGUUUAAACAGAUAAACACACUUCCAAAUCAGCUUCAUAAAUUAGACUAGUAGAAACAACAAAGACAUAUGCCUGUAUUAAUAAUGUAAUCAUGCAUUCAUCCUCUAAAUGAUGGAUUAUGGAGAAUAAACAAGGGAAUUACGUUCCGUUAGGUUGAAAAAUAACUGAGCUGAAGAGAUUUUCUGAUUUGGUUAUUCUGGCCUUAGAUUUACAAGGCCAUUGCCUGUUCUCUUUUAUAAUAUUAUAUUAUGGUAUAGCCUAACAGAGAAUUCCACAUCUUUAUUACUAUGACUUUCAGGAUCCUCCUGCAACAUUUUGAUUUAAGGAGUUGGUGAAACUCAGUGUCAUAGGACAAUAACGAUUACUGAAGUUUUAAGUUUCCAUGCACUGGCGGAACUACCGCUGUCUCACUCCAGGGGGCCCGGCCGUCCUGCAGACCCCUGCGACCGCCAGGGCCGCAUUGAAGGGGCCCAUAGGGUGGCCAAUGCUGUUAGGGCCACCCGAUGGCAAUAAAUAUCCAGGGCAAUGAAUAUCCAGUGCUGCGGCGCUUUAACAGCACGACCAUGCCCCCUGUGAUGACAUCAGAACUGGGAGGAAGUGACUGCCCCGGUCACUCCUCCCAGCUAUCAGAGAGAGACGCGCGGGAGUAAGGAGAGGGAGUCAGAGUGGAAACUGACUCCCAUCAGCCUGAGCCACCAUUGGACCCCAGGGAAAGUCACCCUCCUGCAUCUUAAAGGUAGGAAACAGAAGGAUAACUAAAACAUUUUGUAUGUGUGUCUCUGUAUGUGUGUCUGUAUGUAUGUUUCUCCAAAUGUGUGUGUGUGUGUGUCUGUAUGUAUGUUUCUGUGUGUGUGUGUCUGUAUGUAUGUGUGUCUGCAUUUGUCUGUAUGUAUGUGUCUCUAAAUGUGUGUGUGUGUGUGUGUGCUUGUGUUUGUGUGUGUGUGUGUGUGUCUGCAUGUGUUUAUAUGUUUGUCUGCAUGUGUGUGAGGGAAGGGGGGAGCAUAUAAUGGGAGGGGAGAAGUAGACGUAUGGGGAGAAGUAGAUGUAUGCAGGGGUAGACCUAUUGGGGGGCCCAGGGCAAUUUUCGCACCAGGGCCCCUUGGUUUGUAGUUACGCCUUUGUUUCCAUGUAAACCAUAGUCAUACAUUAUAGUUCCUUCUUUGAAGGAGUUACAAAUAAAAUCAGUUGAUAUGCAAAAAAACAAAAACAAUUUUCAUUCUUCAGCCCAACUGAUUGAAGAACUUUCUUGUAGGCGUCUUCUCUUUAUGUAGGCUUUUCCCACCUUGAAUACUCGGUAACAGUAAUCUGGUUGGCUACUUUAUUACAGGCACUUUGAAUUCAUUCUAUCCUCCUUACAAGGUUCUAUUUUGUUCAUCUUCGGUCAGAGUGCACAAAUUUGCUUGGAAAUUUUUAAAAGAGUCUCCUAGAAAUAACCCUUGCUAAAUUAAAAUGAUUUAUAACCAAUUAAACAUUUUUACUUUAUUUACAGAAACAUUAUUGCUAGUGAUAUUAGUCACAACUUGGUUAUGUUAGCAUAAAUUGUGCCAAUAACAAUUUAAUUUUAUACAGUUUACAGUUUGCUAAACAAAAUGUAUUGCUUAGCUUUUAUCGAACAUUUCACACAAUCCAUCAUGUUUGGUAAGGUAUGCACUGUCAUAAGCCUAUGAUAUUGUUUGGAACAAUGUAAAAAUGGUAGUAAAUGCAAAGGUGGGUUUUGAUAUCCUGUGAUAUUUUGUCAAAUCAAAAUCAAUUCACAUUAACCCGUUAACGCAAUUACGCCGUUCUAUGCCGUCCCGCAUUAAGUGGGCUUUAAAGCCGUUGCGGUUGCACAGAACGCCCCAAUGGCUCCGAGACCAUGGAGGUCCGCGGUACUCACCUCUGCCGCGAUCCUCUUCUGGAGGGCUGCCUGACAGCCCAGGCAGCCCUCCCCCGGCAAAUGAGGCCCCCGGCCCCAAAGAGCUAUCACAUGGACCCCUAUAGCUGGCUGUGGAUCUGCCAGCAGGGGGACUGUCUGAAAUGUCAGACAGUCCCCCUGUUGGUGGGAAAGUAAAAAAAAAAUGAUUAGACAUGUUAUAAAAUAAAGUAGAAAUGUAUUUAUAUAUAUAUAAUAUAUGUGUAUAUAUAUAUAUUAUAUAUAUAAUAUAUAUACAUAUUAUAUAUAUGUAACAUCAUACAAAGUGUAUUUUAAUAUUAAUAUAAGUACAUAUACUAGUAUUAAAAUACACUUAGAAUGAUGUUACAUAUAUAUAAUAUAUAUAUUAUAUAUAUAUAUAAUAGAUAUAUACACAUAUAUUAUAUAUAUACGUAUAAUUACAAUAAUAAAUAAAUAAAAUAUUAAAAUAAAUAAAAUAUUGAAACUAAAUUUAAUAUAAAUUAUAUAUUCAUAUGUAAUUUCAUUCUAACUGUAUUUUGUUAUUAAUAUAUAUAUAUAUUGGUAACAAAAUACACUUAGAAUGACAUUCUAUAUAUAUCUAUCUAUAUAUAAAACACAAAUAACUGCAAAUAUAUAUAUAAAUAGAUAAAUACAUAUAAUUACAUAAAAGAUUACAUUAGUAUACACGUAGAAUUUAAAUACCUAUAAAUGCAUAUAUAUUAAAAUUCGACAUGUAUAUUUAAGUAAUCUUUUAACAUAAUUAUGUGAUUUGAUUAAUUAAAAUUUGAUUGACAUGCCUGACAAUGCAGGGAGAAAGUGCAGAGAAUUUAAUUCGCAAGCACUAUAUUUGACCCUGUAAUUCUCCAAGACACCAUAAACCCUGUACAUAGGGGGUACUGUUUUACUCAGAAGACUUCGCUGAACUCAAAUAUUAGUGUUUCAAACUGGUAAAUUGUAUUACAACGAUGAUAUUUUAAGUAAAAGUGAAGUUUUUUGCAUUUUUUACAAACUAACUGCUUUUUUAUGGACUAUAUCAUUGUUGUAAUAUGUUUUACUGUUUUAAAACACUAAUAUUUGUGUUUAGUGAAGUCUCCCGAGAAUAACAGUACCCCCCAUGUACAGGUUUUAUGGUGUUUUGGAAAGUUGAGUCACAUAUAAGGCUUGCAUUUCAUUUUUUUUACAUUAAAAUUUGCCAGAUUGGUUAUGUUGCCUUUGAGAGCGUAUGGUAGCCCAGGAAUGAGAAUUACCCCCAUGAUGGCAUACCAUUCGCAAAAGUAGACAACCCAAGGUAUUGCAAGUGGGGUAUGUCCAGUCUUUCUUAGUUGCCACUUAGUCACAAACACUGUCCAAAUAUUAGUUUUUUGCUUUUUCACACAAAAACAAAUAUGAACGCUAACUUUGGCCAGUGUUUGUGACUAAGUGGCUACUAAAAAAGACUAAACAUACCUUUCAGUACCUUGGGUUGUCUACUUUUUCAAAUGGUAUGCCGUUAUGGGGGUAUUUCUCAUUACUGGGCUACCACACAGUUUCAACGGUAACAUUACUAAUCUGGCAAAUUUCAAUUUGAAAAUAGAACGUUCUAUAUUUAACCCUGUAACUUUCCAAAACACCAUAAAACCUGUUAAUGGGGGGUACUGUUGUACUCGUGAGAUAUCGCUGAUUACAAAUAUGUGCAUUGUUUUGCAGUAAAACCUAACAUUAUUGUGACAAUCACAGCUAAAAUGUCAGAUGGAAAUACAAAUUUAAAAAAAAAUCUUAUUUCCUCACAUUUUUUUAAAUUGUAUUCAUAAUAAAUUAUGUUCCAUGUAUGAAUAAUUAAUGCUAAAUUAAAGCCCUGUUUCUCCUGAACAAAAUGAUAUAUAAUAAGUGUGGGUGCACUUAAUGUGACAGCGGUGAAUUACGGUUGAACAGACAUAUAGCGCAAAUUCCAGUUUUUGUUUACGUUUUGUUUUGAUCAGAACGUGUACUAUUGACUCCGUCCUGAAGGGGUUAAAUGGAGAGAUUUAAUAAGCCAGAAGCAAUUUUCUUUUCUAAUUCUUUAUUCAUAAGCAAGGGAUGAUACAUAAGAGAGCCUUUGCAAACAUCUCACAAUACAAUUAGAAGUAUUAUAUAAUUCCUUUUAAGAAGCCAAAAGAUAUGUUUCCAUCAUUCUCGUUUUACCAGAAGCUAUUUUGAGGCCAAGCGCUAAAUGUUGAUGGACAGUCUUUUGGUUUCCAUGGUUACUGCUCCUUAUUUAGCACUUUGCUCCAGAAUAGCACUAGUUUUUUGCCUGUAUAAAUCUCUUCCACUGUCUACAAAUUGCAAGUGUAUUUCGAAGCUGCGUAGUAGACAGUCACAAUGAAAUAAACCACUUGGUGUUCGCUGCAUUAGCCGUAACUUCCUUCUUUAUAUUUUGUUUGUAGAUGGAGCAGACAUGUGAAGAGAUCGAUGCAAUGUUCAGUAAUUUGCUGGGAGAGAUGGACCUAUUAACCCAGGUGAGCAUUACCAACAUCUAAAACCAUUUAGAAACAAAAAAAAAAUGGCCUUGAACGAGUUUUAUUUUCUAUUCAUCCCUAGUACUCCGCUCCAUGCAGAGAAUUUCCAGACUGUAUAAAUAUUGACAAAGGGGGAUUUUCAAAGGGGAAAAAUGGUUUCAGUCUGUUUGGCAUCCUUUCCAGAGUGUUUGAGGAACAGUCAGUGUGACAUCAUACCAACUAAUAGCACAGAACAGCUGCAUCUCUUUGUAAGAAAGGGUUUUACUCUAAACUCCAUCCAAUGUCUAUAAAGCCUUAAUCCAAAAAAUGUCAACACAUAUUGUUCGUUUUUUGUUUUUUUUUAAUAAUGAAAAUACUUGAAAAUAAUUUGUGUGUAGCUGUCUCUGCGUGCUUGGCCACGUUAGUUUCAACACAAGCUUAUCAAAACCAUUUCUUUAAAUGCAUAUUUUAAUUAUUUUUUUAUAGUCAGUUGGUCGUUUUUCUCUGCAAUUUUCUUUUUUUAAUUAAGAAGGUGAUUUUUUUUAUCCCAAAGAAUCUAAUUGAACCAGAUUGUAGCAAUCGUGGUGCAAAGAGCUACAUUUAAAGUAGUCACUAGGAGACCAAAAGGAAUGCUUGUUUUGAAAUUCAGGAGGCAUGUACAAACAAACUGCACAUUAAUUAAAGGUUAAUUAAUGUUUAUUUUGUUACAUUUAACACCAAUAGGUUUUAUACAAAGGUCAAUAGGAAGAGGUAGCUCACUACGUUAAUUGAGCUGAAUUUGAGCUAAAACUUAGCCAGCUUGUGAACUGAGCAGGGACCUACCAAAUGGCAAACUGUUGUCCGUUUUCAGAAUUCUUUUACACCCUGUUUUUAUUUUUUAACUUUUACUGAAUGUUUAUUAAAAAUAUUCAGACGCACUUGAAAAAUAAUUAAGUGAAACUUAAGAAAAAAAUGAUAUACAUAAUAUAAAUACAAACAAAAGAAAAGAAAAAAAAGAGGACAUCAUAUAUACAUGAAGAAAACGAGUAUGUGCUUAGACGUAUAUAAUUAUAAUACAUCAACCUAUGCGUCCUGUAAACAGUGAGACUAGUGGAGAGAUUUAUCAAAGUGUUCUGUUCUAAAACGUGGUACAAAAAUUUGAAAGGGGAGGAGUUCCAAUGGAACAUGUUGCUGGUUCCGCAGGAUUCCGUGAUGAUUGCCCCACUUUUGCUACUUUAUCCCACUCUUCACAACAGAACACUUUGAUAAAUCUUCUCCCAUAUCACCAUACAAUAUAUAUCUACUACUAAAAAAUAAAUUGCUAAUAUAUCAUCACUCCUCACAGAUACUGGUGUAGAAAAAAAAGUAGAUUUAGAUCAAGUCAAGAUUGCUUGUGCAAUCCCAUUGUAAUUCUGAUGUAUUUAGUUUGUAAAUUACCCAGAAACUACAUUGAACCUAAAAUGCAUUGCAUCAGUGCAUAUCUCUACUAAACAUAUUUGGCAAUAAAAUAACAGUAUCUUAGCUAAGGUGUCUUUAAGCCAAUAUAGUUAAAACACCAGUAGAGGCUGGUCCAUGGGGCUGAUGUGGCAGCGCCCCUAGUGUUUGCUGCAAAAAAUAAAAUCUAAUCUAUUGUAGGGACUGAUUAGAAAUGUGUGUUAGAAAAUAUCUGUCCGGAUUAUAUACAGUUUUCUUUCUCUCCUCUAUUGAUGACUAGAGACACAACUGGUUUUGAACAGGGUAUCUCAUGGGGUUAAGCGAUAAGCGUUAAGACCAACAAACUUAGCCCCCUAAAACAUCCCCAACGGUAACUUCAAAAUACAAAUAAAAAGUAUGCCCUGUUUCAGUAACUAGUAGUAGUUCUAAAGCAAAAUAAUACACUUGUGUAAGUAUAAUCCUGUAUACACAAGUGCAGGGGUGUUAGUUUGAUGAUAUUUUCAGUCAAUUAGUGAGGCAGACGUUAUUUGAUCAAGUUAUACGUAUUAAACUGAGAAAAGACAACAACCAGAACAAUGGCAACAAUUAUAAAGAAGUCUUGAUUGUUAUUAUUAUUAAUCUUAAUUAUUAUUAAUCUUAUUAUUAUUAUUUUAUUAUUUAUAUAGUGCUAUCAGAUUCCGUAGCGCUGUACAAUGGUUGGACUAACAGACAUGUAAUUGUAAACAGACAACUGGACGUACAGGAACAGAGGGGUGGAGGGCCCUGCUCCAUGAGCUUACAUUCUAGAGGGAGUGGGUUGUUAUAGCUUGUUAUUUAUCACAAUGGGGGUUACAUUGUUGCAGGGGGUUCAGGAGUAUAUUUGGGUCACAAAAAAAAAUAUUAUUUCAAAAGUUUUACCAACAAUUGUACCUCAGAUCAAAUCAGAAUCUAAUGAGAGUUUUAACUCCACGUGAGCCCCAUCAUCUCCCUGACAUCGCCAAUUCUCUCCCCUAGUUAAUUGUUUGUGUCUUUUGAAAUCAAAUAGCAAGUCUUUAGUAAUUGUUACAUAUACUCAAUUAUAUUCACCAAAUAGAAACACCUUUAGAAUAUUUUUUUGCUUACCAAUAAUUCCUGUUGCCAUUUCUCUUACUCUACCUUUCAUUCACCAAGUAAAAAUCUCCUAUCAGAUCCAAUUAUUUUCAAAUAAUAAUAAAUAAAUACAUGAUAAUAAUGAUAUACCUUGUGUUAUUAACUGCCCUCUAUGUUACUGGCAAACCACACGUUACUGUAACCACAUCAAAGAUAAAGAAAUGUGUGAGAAGUCUGGCAGACGUCUAUCUCUGGAGCCACACCUAUUCUCAGUAAAAUCAGAUUAGUUAUAUACAUUAAACACAUUUCUGCCUGGUGUAAAUGCUGAGGUUUUUUGUAUCCAGAUACAAUCUGAUAAUGGCAUUGGCCAGUGGCUACCACACCACUUCUCUGUAGACAAAGAUAAUAUACACAUCUGUUAAGGCUGGAAACAGCUGGAGAUCAGGAUACAGAAAUUGGUAAAGGCUGAUAAGUUUAGCUCAGUACAGGGAAAGACAAUCCGGGGAUGUGGUCAGAACAAGAUGAUAAGGCCCGUCCAUGGAGCUUAAGUCUUUAGGCGAUUUAGGCAAGCAGGAGGUACAAACAUUUUUAUCAGGAAUAAUGUCACUUUAGCUACAGACUGUGUUCAUAGGUAGCAACAAAACUGUAUACAAAGGGUAAGGGAAAUGUCUGAGCCCUGAGAGAGGCUACACAGUGUUUUAAAGGAGGUACACCCUCCCUAUGUAACAACCCUGGCAUUGGAACAGCCCCCCAAACCACCCCCUAAUUCCAUAAAGUGUGACCUGCAUGGUGCGUGCACACUUCAGGGGACUUGGGAGGACAAAAUCUCACCGGCCACAAUGGCUGGUACACUCUGGCUUAGUUGUGAGAAGCUUUGUGAAAAGCUAUGGGACUCAAGAAACCACUCUGACCAACAAGGAACCAUAAAGACUGGGCCUCACCGACUGUCGGUAGAUCAGCCUAGGAGAGAGGAGGAUCACAUGGGAAAGGCUAAAAGGGAGGUGAGUCCAUGAUAACAUCUGGCGUCCAAAUAACCAAAGGCGAACCAUCAUAGGUUCAUGUGAAAAAUAUGACUAGUAACUGCGAUAGGAUCUGAUAAAAUGGCCCAUCAAAUGAUAAAUGGUGGAGUUCAACAGGGCAACAAGUAAGGGCUGGGCAUUGGCCAUUGAGAGGGCCUGACUUUGUCAAACUGUUUGAUAAGUUAUUUGACAGAAAGCAGGAAAACUGCAUCCAAAGACUAUUUCGUUUUAAAAUUGAACAAUAGCAUUAAACUAUAAUUCUUUGUUUCUUAUUUGCCGUUUGUCUUCCAUGCCUUUUGAACCCUUAGUUUGUUUGAAAUGUGAAAAUUACAGAGCAAACCUUUUGUGCCCAUUCUUUAAUAAAUAUUAUGUAAUGGUUUCCCAUUCUUUUUACCUUCAGAGUCUGGGGAUAGAAACUCUUCCUCCUGCAGCUCCCAGAGAUAUGACAUCAGAGAUGAACUUUUCUAUUGGGUUUAAAGAUCUCAAUGGUAAGUUUAUACAUUCAGAUUAUGUAAACGCCAUAUCAUUAUAUGCAUGGUUUAAAUACCGUAUUUCACCGCAAAAUAGCUGCAGCCGGGUUUUUCAAUCAAAAAAUUGGUUCAUAUCCAACUCAUCGCAUAAUUGUUGUUGCUGUUUUUGUUUUGAGACAUUCCUAUUCUUGAAAACUUAUGGCAAAUAUCCUACUGAUCUAAUGCUUACAACAGGAUUUACCACAAAUCAGAUUAUUGUAAUUUAGUACAUUUUAUAUUUAUGUAAUGCGUUAGGAAAUGUGCAUGUUCAUAGCUAUAACAACAGGACAGGGAUUAAGAUCACAAUUGGGAGACAGGGAUCAGGAUCAGAUUUUAAUGCAUUAGGAAAUAUGCAUGUUCUCGGCAACUGUGUUAUCAGCCACUAUAAUGUUAAAAAGCUUCAAAUAUUGGUAGCAUAUAAUUUUGUGCAAUAAAAACAAAGCUUUGCAUAAUUUUCGCAUAUAAUAUUGCAAAAAAUAAAGCUUCACAUAAUGGUCGCAUACCGCAUAAUGGUCGCAUAUAAUAUCGCAAAAAUGAAGCUUCAUAUGGUCUCACGCUCAUUUUUAAGAAAAAGAAUUAGGCAUAAAAUCUACAACGAUCAUGUGGUGAAAUGCAGUAUUUUAAGGUACCGUGUUUAAUAUAACCAGAAGUAUAAAAGGGACAUGCAUCACUUGACAAGUAUUUAUUGUUUUCAUAUUUUUUUACAUUAUUUAUUUUUAUUGUGCAAAGGAGAACAAACAGGCUUGUGAUGCCAUGGCGGCAUGGACUAGCGCAUUUCAACCAUGCAUGUAAUGAUAUUGCCAUGGUACAUGAGAUAAUUGCACAUUUUUAUAUUAAGUAUACAAAGGUUUAAUAUAUUGUGAGAAUGUACUGGUUUUGACUAAGAGUAAAAAAGGUUAACUACCUUUUGGGUAAAAACACGCUAAAGAAUAAUAGAAUAUAACGAUGUGUGAUCAACAAGGUAUUUUGGGAACAAUUAUUUUUUGAAAAGGUCAGGUGACACUCUCAGCCACUCAGUGACUUCCCAUUCACAAAAUGUACCUUUCCAAGCAUAGACAUAUAUAUUAUAAUAUAUAUGUCUAUGUUUCCAAGCCAGAUUUGUGAAUAGGUAGUCACUGGGGACCUAAAAACUGACAUUUCAGAAGCCAGGUGCCAUCUGCAGGGGAGUGGAGAUCAGUGCUGCUGGCAACUUUGGGGUUAAACUGUUUGAGAACGGUUUAUCCCCUUGAAGUAAGAGUGCCUCUGGGGGCCUCCUGGCACCAUAACCGCUUCAUUUAGAUUAAGUUGUUGUGGUGCCUGGAGUGUUCCUUCUAUGGAGAUCAUGAUGACAUAUGUCAAACAUUUGUAUUUAUUCACUAAACACCAAACUGUAGUGCAUUGAAAGUUGGAACGCACAUUCAGACAAAAAAUUGCUGAUUUGAAAAGUUCUUCAACUCCGCUAUAGUCACAGUAUAACUAUUGAAGCCUAAAUUUUGCAGUUUAGUUUAGUUUUCAAUUCACUAAAUUUCACUGUUUAAUAUCGAAAUUUUAAACAUAAAGCUUGCUUUGUUUUUUUUUCACAGAAUCCUUGAAUGCUCUUGAAGACAAUGAUCUGGAUGCCUUAAUGGCCGAUCUGGUAGCGGAUAUUAGUGAAGCUGAACAAAAAGUCACCUCUCAGAACCAUAAGAGCUCAUCUCAUACAGAUACCAAUGCUAGCGCUUUAUUUGAUCUUCAUUUUUGUGACACCCUGACCGUUUAUCCUGCAGAAGACUUCUCAUUUUCACCACCUCCACCACCCCCUGAAUGUGAACCGGACCUCCCACCUCCCCCACCGGAUCCGCCAUUACCGACUGCUCAGGUAACACACAAUGCGUUGAUUAGGAUUUCGUUGUAUUGACUGGUUCAUACAUUUUAGGAAAGUCAGUCCCGAUGAUGCGUUAAAAUGUGAAUAUUUGGAAAUUCAGUGUGAAUUUAACACACAUUUUAUAAGUUUUUUAAUUUUACAAAUAUUUCAUGUCAUCUAUGCUUUCAGUUUGAAUAUUUUGGCCUAGAAUCUGAAAUUUACUCUGAAUUUCUGAAAUGUUUUUGUGGUAAUUAGUAAGACAUGGUGGAGAAAAUGUAAUUUCUUAUUUGUGUUCUUUUUUCCUUAGUUUUUCUCUCUUAAGUCUUGAUUUUUCUAAUUUUUUAUUUUGUUUGUGACUAUUAUAUCAUUGUCACUCCACUCCAGUUAGUUACACCAGCACCAGGUGCCAGUGCCUCCCCUCGUUGUGCUCUAGAUAGUCUGCCCAGUUAUGUCAAACCUUUUUGUUUUUUGGUGUUGAUUGGUAAGUCAUAGCAGCAGCAAGACAACCCCAAGGGGAUGUAGCUUCACCUACUUACCCAUCCUCACUAGAUAUCAUUUACAUAAAUAUUGUUUGCCCAUUAUCAAAAUUGGAUUGUAUGAAGGAGAUAAGUUCCAAGAAACAUCAAAACAUCAGUUAAGGAAAAUUCAGAUGUAAAUAUGAUUCAUAAAAUAUACAAACCAGUAAUAUCCAUGCAUACCAUUCAUUAAACAAUGUGCGUAUCAUAACAGUCAGCACCAAACUACAACUCUUUGAUUCUUAUUGAUGGCGGCCAUUACCAAAAUGUUUUAUUAACGUAAAUUAUCGCAUGCAUACACACAUACAUGUAUACAUACAUAACAUCAAACAUAUGAACCUGUCAUUUGUGCUUGUCUAUAUUUGUUUUAGGAAGCUUCAGAGUCUAAAGAAAAGGUUGAUAAAAUUAAACUUGCUUUGGGCAAGAUGAAGGAAGCUAAAGUUAAAAAGGUAAGAAUGGACCGUUGGCUGUAUAACUGUUGCGAUUAAUUAAGAAUACUCUAAUAAAUUCCCGCAAUGUUCAUUUUAACAAAGAAUACUUUUUUUUUUAUUCUGAAGAUCAAUGUUUUGCGCAAUCUCACAAAGAUAUGUUUCAUAACUUAGAAUACGCAUUGGCUUGUGACUGAGUCUUAGCAUGCACAAAGCAUUUAGAAACAGAUUAAGAUAAAGUGACGUUUAGGGGUACCAAGAUUCCCCAGCUGCUGCAGAACUACAAAUCCCAAGAUGCCUUGUAGACUUUUGCACAGAAAAAAAAGUGUUUCGGCCAAUAAACUACAUCCACACAAUAACAUUUUUUUUUUAAAUUACUUCUGCGUUAGCAAAAAAAGAUACGGAAAACAAAUCAGAUGAACCAAAAGGUUGCAAAAAUGGGCCAGCCACUGUACUGGUAAAUAUAUACUUAUUAUAAAUAUAAUGUAUAUAAUUUGCAGUAUAGUAAUAGGUUAAUUUUCCUGCUAUUUGGUUCACAGAUCAAGUAAGGAAAAUUAGCCAAUAGAGGAAAAUAGAGAAGGUGUUAUAAUAAAAAUCUAAAUGUGUAUAUUAUAUAUUUAUUAAAUGUAUAAAAUAUAAAUAUCGAUUUUUUUUCUGCUCUUACUUUUUUUCUUCUGUUGGUCACUGAAUAAAAUAAACAUUUAGUGGCUGUCUCCUAGCCGCUAUUUUCCUCCAUCAAUCGUACCCAUCACAGGUGGAAUUCCAAAUCACACUUAACCAAGGAGGUCAUUGUGAUCAAAGCCCCCUGUUCAUUUCACAUGUGAGCUAGAGGCGUGAAUACCACCAACCCACCAAAUAACCUUCACAGUCUCACUUAAAAUGAAAUGAGAGGAAUGAAUAAUGGGCUUUUACUCCCACAUAUAGAAUUUGGGCAGUCCCAAUCUUGCUAGGAAACCAGCGGGUACCACUAGAGGUGUAAAUACACACAGAUACAUAUGUCAUAGGAAUUGUUACUGGUGGAUUAAAAAAUGGUUGCCUAAAGCUCUGCAAAACCCAGAGGAAUGCCUAAUGUUUUUUUUGAACAGGUUAAAGGACCACUAUAGUGCCAGGAAAACAAACUUGUUUUCCUGGCACUAUGUAGUCCUUAGGUUCUCCCCCUCGCGCCCCACCCUCAGGGCCCCCCUCGCGCUGGAUUGAAAGAGUUAAAACCCCUUUAGCCACUUACUUUUCUCCAGCACCGGGCUCCCUCGGAGCUGGGGAGCUCUCCACCUCCUGCCGACGUCAGAGCUGAAUGCGCAUGCGCGCCAAGAGCCGUGCAUGCAUUUAAACCACCCAUAGGAAAUCAUUACUCAAUGCUUGCCUAUGGACGUCCAGCAUCUUCACACUGUGAUUUUCAGAGGGAGUAUCACGGAAGCGGCCUCUAGUGGAUGUCAGUGAAACAGCCACUAGAGGCUUGAUUAACCCUCGGUGAAACCCUAUGUUUUCAGCUGCGGGGUUAAAACUAGAGGGACCUGGCACCCAGACCACUUCAUUGAGCAUUGUGUUCAAUGCCAAAAUUACCUUUUGAAUUCUCUGUAUUAUAUACUUGUUAAAAAAAAGGAAGUAGCCCUCUAGAAUGUUACCAGUUAUUAGAUUUGCAUAAACCCAGUGUGGCCAUGUAUAAUCCGGGCACAAUAAUGUACCAGUGUCUCUGAUAGUUUAAAGCAGAAGUUAAAUUAGAGAACUAAUGUAACAAAAUACUGUACAUAAACAGAAGAUAAAAAUGAAAUGGAAUCAUAACACUGAAUUAUAAAAAAAACGAAAUGAAAUGGUGAUGAUUGUCUAAGUGCUCUAACAUUUAAUUCAAUAAAAUGCAGCAUUUUCAUACUCAUUGCCAAAUAUAUAUAUACAGUUGCAAGAAAAAAUAUGUGAACCCUUUGGAAUGAUAUGGAUUUCUGCACAAAUUGGUGAUAAAAUGUGAUCUGAUUAUCAUCUAAGUCACAACAAUAGACAAUCACAGUUUGCUUAAAGCGGCACUGUCAUGCCGAAUCCCGUUUAUUUUUUAACCCCCCUCCCGCCUCCACUACAUCCAAUUGACCCACUAGUCACCCCCAAAUGCCCCUAAGCCCCCCACAUUACCUAUUUUUUAAUCCUUAUUUUCUGCCCCGAUCUUGAUUCAGGGCGCCGCCAUCUUUGUGUGGGUAGGUGAAGUCCCUGUGGGACACGUCAUCAGCCCACACUAGGCAGACACUGAGAUUCCCGCACAUGCCCAGUGAAACACCUGGACAUGCGAAUGGGAAUUUCAUCUAUUCAUUCAUUCAUCAGACAGACGAAUGAGUGAAUAGAAAUAUCAGCCGAACAAACUAACACUAUGUAUCAGUGUUAGUUUGUUCGUUCAGUUUAUUACAAGGAGGGAGCUACCGUCGUGCAGCUCCCUCCUUGUAAUAUGUAACUAUAGAAGCUGCAGGGAGUAGUGCUCCCCACCACUUCAUAAUCCCCCCCAGUACCCCCUCUCACUCUAUGGGGGUCAAUAUGACCCCCAUAAUAGCACAAGGGAGAUUAAAAUCUCCCAAAUGCCCCUACUCUCUAUACCGCGAGUAGGGGCAUGUCUACUAAACAGUGAGCAGCCUGUGGUGUCCCCCCCUUACAGUUUUAUUAGUCCCCACCCAAUCACAAGAGAGGGGUGGGGGCUGUAUUGUGCAGGUCCCCCCUUAUUGUUUUACUGGGCCCCCACCCACCGGCCAGGGUGGGGUCGGGGAGGAAGGUAGUCCCCCUAUUGUUUUAUUAGGCCUUCCCACCCACCGGCCAGGGUGCUGGGGAGGGACAGUAGGUCCCCCCCUUAUUGUUUUACUAGGGGCCCCCACCCAAUCAGCCAGGGUGGCACGGGGGACACUGGUAGGUCCCCCCCUAUUAGCAUACAGGCCCCACCCACCCGCCAAGUAGGGUGGCCAGGGGGAGGGACAGUAGGUCCCCCCCACAGUUUUACUAGGGGCCCCCACCCAAUCGCCAAGCAGGGGAUGGGGAGGACAGUAGGUCCCCCCCUAUUAGCUUGAGGUUAGGGGCCCCCACCCACUGCGCAGGGGUGGGGGCCAGGGGGGGGACAGAAGUCCCCCCCCAUAUCUUUAUUUAGGGCCCCCACCCACCGCUCAGGGGUGGGGACCAGGGGCAAGGUUCCCCCCCAUCUUUAUUUAGGGCCCCCACGGGCAUGGGGGGAGUGGGGGCGGGGUUAUUAGUUUUUUGUUUUUUUCAGUGAGCAGCUAUAAGCUGCUCACUGCUUACUACACAUGCCCCUACUCGCGGUAUAGCGAGUAGGGGCAUUUAAUUUACUAAUACUAAGUAAUCUUUACUCAGUAUUAGUAAAUGUGGCUGAAAGACCAAUUUAGGUCUUUCAGCCUUUUAGUAGAUAGCUCCCUGAUACCGUUGGAAUUAGGGAGUUAUCUACUAAGCGGUUGCAAGAUGCAGCCGCGGCAACGAAUAGGAUCAGAGUUUCAUUCAUUAGAAUGAAAUUCCGAUCCGAAUAAAGUGCCGAAUUGCGUUCUAAAAGAAACGAACAUACUGUUGUCAUUCAGUUAGAACACAAUUCGGCAGUUUUGUGGAAAGUGACAGGAAGCAUUGUGGGAACACAGAGGGAAGGUAAGGAUCAUGGGAAAAUUGCUCUGACCAGUGGAAAUGAAGCACACUUUGCUCCUCCGCUGGUCAGAGCUGGUCAAGCGGAGGAAUCCUCCAUAAGGCAAAGAGUCCCUACUUUGUCUUAUGAUUUAAAAGAAAACUAAAGAAGACAGGAAGAAAAGAAUAACAGAUCCUGAGAGAGGGGGAGAAGAGGAAGAGAUUGAGGAAAGGUAAGUUCGGCAUGACAGUGCCGCUUUAAACUAAUAACACACAAAGAAUGAAAUGUUGCGAUGUUUUUAUUGAACACACCAUGUAAACAUUCACAUUUUAUUGAAUUAAAUGUUAGAGCACUUAGACAAUCAUCACCAGUAUAUAUAUAUAUAUGUAUAUAUAUAUAUAUAUAUAUAUAUAUAUAUAUAUGUAUGUAUAUAUAUAUAUAUAUAUAUAUAUAUAUAUAUAUAUAUAUAUAUAUAUAUAUAUAUAUAUAUAUAUAUAUAUAUAUAUAUAUAUAUAUAUACUAAUAAUAUGUACUCAGAAGCAAAUAUGUAUUUUAAAUCACCCGCAGGGUUACUCACUAAAGUGAGAAUUGUAAAUUAAAAGUGAAUUUCACAUUUAAAGGGACUCUGUAGUCACCUAAACAUCUUUAGCUCAAUGAAUCAGUUUUAGUGUAUAGAUCAUGCCUCUCAAGUUUCAUGGCUCAAUUCACUUCCAUUUAGGAAUUAAAUCACUUUGUUUCUGUUUAUGCAGCCCUAGCCACACCUCCCCUGGCUCUGAUUGACACAGCCUGCAUAAAAAAAAAAAUGGUUUCACUUUCAAUCACACGUAAUUUACCUCAAACAGUUUUAGCAAGCUAUUAAUAUAGCGGGGGAUAAGAAAAUCUAAAUUAAACAGAACUUGCAAUAAAGAAAGGAUAAACUUUAGAUGAUUCUUUACAGGAAGUGGUUAGGAAGGCUGUGCAAGUUACAUGCAGGGAGGUGUGACUAGGGUUCAUAAACAAAGUGAUUUAACUCCUAAAUGACAGAUAAUUGAGCUGCAGGGGCAUGAUCUAUACACCAAAACUGUUUCAUUAAGCUAAAGUUGUUUUGGUGACUAUAGUAUCUCUUUGAUGAAGUGGAAACAUGGCAAACUGGGAUAGUUUUUGCAGUUCAGCUAUUUUGGCCCUAAAUUUGAAAUUCCCUUUUAAAUUACCUUGAAUUCCUAAUUAUUAUUACUUUAUUGAAUAACACCGUAACACUGCAGGCCCUUUUAAAUAGUCAUAUACGUCAAGGUAAUUUGUGCGUGAAUUGUCAGAAAUAUAGAGGGAAUUCAAAGUAAAUUUUAAAAUUUAGUCUAAUUUCUCCAAACAAAACGCAUAGCUCAUAAAAAAAUACGAGAUUUUUCAGCUGAUCUCGGACAAUUCUCUCUUUUCAAAGGUUUAAACCUCCCCUAAAACUGCUGGUAGCACAACUAUUUUAAUAGACAAACAUAAUUGACUUGAACUUAAAAUUAAUUUACCAUCUUGUCCUUGCAGCUGAUUGUAAAAGUCCACAUGAACGACAAUAGCACAAAAACAUUGAUGGUGGAUGAAGAGCAGACGGUGCGAGAUGUUUUGGACAAUUUAUUUGAGAAAACACAUUGUGAUUGCACCAUUGAGUGGUGCUUAUAUGAAAUGCUUCCAGAACUCCAAACGGGUAAGUGUUGGUAGUACAUCUAAUGAACAUGAAAAUGUAUUGUUAUGGACCAAUAAUAUUCAUUACAAUCCUCAAGAUCUUUUGGUAGCAUUUACUAUCAGCUGCUGUGUGGAGAACUCUUGACAUUCAACAGAUGAGACUUUGAAUUUUGGAAUUUGCAUAAUUUAAUAAAAACUGAUUUAAUGUCGCUCUUUAAAAGGUUAAAUAACAUGAUAAUUAUGUGGAAAUGUCCACAUUUAAGCUAUAAAAUGUAUGUUGCAUUUUGUUCUACGAUGCAAUUAUACACAUUAUUUCACAUUUUGGUUUCCGGAGAUGUAGGUAUUAGUGUAAAAACAGGGGGCCACAGAAAAUGCAGCUGGACCAUUACACCAAUAUGUAGCAGGCGGCACUGAACGUCGUCCACACAUUCUGGAAUGAAGGGAAGCAGAAUAUCCCAGCAACACAGGUCGUCCUGCCACACAAGACAAGAGAAUGGAUGACCAGAAGCACAAGGUUGGAUCAUCACAAAAUAUGCAUGUCAACAUUAUAGGUACUAAUAUACAGCUACCACACCUGGAUAUCAUAAAGCAUUUCACUUUUUCUUAAAUCUCCAUUACAUACACUGAUAAGCUACAACAUUAGAAACCACUGACAUGUGAAGUGAAUAACAUUGAUUAUAUCAUUACAAUGGCACCUGUCAAGGGGUGGGAUAUAUUAGGCAGUAAGGGUAACAGUCACUUCUUGAAUUUUAAAUGUUGGAAACAGGAAAAUAGGCAAACAAAAAGAUCUGAGUGACUUUGACAAGGACCAAAUAGUGAUGGCUAGACAACAGGGUUAGAGCAUCUCUAAAGUGAUAAGAAAUUUUGAGUGUUCCAGAUAUGCUUAGUACCUACCAAAAGUGGUGCAAGGAAGCACAACCAGUGAACCAGUGUCAGGGUCAUGGGCUCCCAAGGCUUAUUGAUACGUGUCCAUGAUGACCUCUGUCCACCACCAAAAGCUCCUUCAAUGUGAUGUAAGCAUCAAAACUGGACCAUGGAGCUACGGAAGAAGGUUGCAUGGUUUGAUGAGCCACGUUUUCUUUUAGAGCAAGUGGAUGGACCUUGUUCACCUGGGAAAGAGAUGGCAGCAGGAUUAACUAUGGGAAGAAGACAAGCAGGAAGAUUCAGUGUUAUGCUCUGGGCAAUGUUCUGCUGGGAAACCUUGGGGCUCCUGGUAUUCAUGUGGAUGUUACUUUGACACAUUCACCCCUUCAUGGCAAUGGUGUUCCCUGAUGGCAGUGGCCUCUUUAAGCAGGAUAAUGCACCCUGCCACACUACAAAACUUGUUCAGGAAUAGUUUGAGAAACAUGUUCAAGGUGUAGCUUUGGCCUCCGAAUUCCCCACGUCUCAAUUCGAUUUAGCAUCUAUGGGAUGUGCUGAAACAACAAAUCCAAUCAAUGGAGGCCCAACCUCACAACUUACAGGAGUUAAAUGAUCUGCUGCUAAUUUAUUGGUGACACAUACCACAGGCAGCGCCAGAUUUACCCUCCUUGCUGCCCCAAGGCCAAUUCUUUAAUGCACCCACGCCUUCUAUAUACUAUGUGUGUGUGUGUGUGUGUGUGUGUGUGUAUAUAUAUAUAUAUAUAUAUAUAUAUAUAUAUACAUAUACAUUGUUUCUUAGAGUGUCCAUUUAAAAUAACAAUAUUCACAUUAAAGAGAUUAAAAAUUGAUAAAGAAUGUAAAGAAAGUAAACAAAUUUUAUUUCAAUGUAUUCAUAAAGAGUUAUUACAAUUGUUAGACAUGUUGAAUGUGAUUGUUAUAUUUCCACAGAGAGAUUCUUUGAAGACCAUGAAAAUGUUGUUGAAAUCCUUUCAGACUGGAUGAGAGAUAGUGAAAACAAGAUUGUUUUCAUGCAAAAAAAUGAAAAAUAUGCUGUUUUCAAAAACCCACAGGUAAGAUUUAAAAAAAAAACCUCCCCAAAUUAGGUUUAAAAAUUUGAAAGACAUGUCAUUUAAGUUCUCACUAAAAUAAUUCUGCCUAAAAUUUUCUUAUCGCCAGAUGUUAAAGCUGAACUGCUACUUCUGAGAUUUAUGCACAAGCUGAUUGCUAACUAAAAGUUAAAAAAAACUCAUUAAUUUUCAUUUUUAAUUAAUUAGGCAGGUAUAGCUACCUAGGCUUGGCAUGCAAUUAAAAGGGUUAUUAAAAGAACGCAAUCAAACUGAAAUCUAAGUGAAUUUCAAAUUUAAGAUCAAAGCAGCUUUCAGUUUACCUACUCUGGCCUUACAUUUGACAUUCACUUUGAAUUCACUUUGUAAAUGAAACCCUGCAGUUCUACACGCAUGUGUGCAUGUAAUAAUUCUAAUUUUAAGGGAGCCCCGGAAAGUACAUGUCUGAGUGCUCUUGCGCAUGACUGGAGCAUCUUUGGUAGUGAAGUCACAGUAGCACAGAAUUGCAGUGGAGGUAAGUGUUUUAUUACUUACCUUAUGUGCAUUAUUCACUCCAGUGAAAGCUUCAAGAGCACUUAGUUUAUUUUUAUUAAUUCUAAGAAUUCAUUGUUAAAUACAGUCCUUCAACAAUGCAUUCACGGUUCCUCCGUAGUCCCUGCCACAUUGUUUGUAAAUCACCAAUAUACUCUGUUCGAAACACUCAUUCAACAAAUUACCAUUUCUGUUGAAGCUGAAAUACAUUUCCGAUGUACUUUAUUCUUGUAUACAGUGGAUGGAAAUCCUAGACCUUUAUACUCUUCAAUCUGUAGAAAAUGUCCUUACAGCAUCAUAAUGUACUUUGUAUUUCCCUGCUCCUUGAAAUUCUCCCGUUUGCUACAAGUGAUAGAACAGAAGAAAAUCCACUUCAAUUAAUAUAUAUCUCCUGCCAAAAAGGUUUUGCAUGCAAACUCCUUGUCAUUGUAAUAGCUUAAAGUAAAGUAUUUAUAAUGUUAGAGUGUUAUGCUGCAUAUUUAGAUCAAAGUCAACAUCCCCCCCAAAUAAGUAGAUUUUGUUUACCAUAAAACUCCAGAAGGAAGUGAAGGUAUCACUGUGACCACCCCUUCUGUCCAGCAGAGAUCAUCAUUACUGAACAUCUCAGGGGUCUGAAGUGCUGAGGGACUAGAGCCCAUAAGCAGCAGUCGUUGCGCUGUUCCAAACAGCAUCUCCUCAUAGAGAUGCAUUAACUCACUGCAUCUCUAUGGGGAACAUUCAGCCUCUUCACUUUGAGCAUGAAGAUGUUGAAUGCCCGUCCUGCAAAAUAUAUCACUUACAUUUAUUAAAACGUCAUAAAAUACAUAGAUUUAGCAUCAAAUCUACAGGUGCACUAGAUGUUCACGAUGACCCUCAUCCAGCCACCAAGGGAAACAUAAUAUAUAACAAGUAAAGUGACAAAUGCAAUGAGUCACACAAUAUGGAUUUAUUCACUAAAGAUCCAGUUGCAAUGGCUAUCCUACUGAGUUGCAAAUGGAGUAAAGACAUUUAAUUUAACCACACUGUCCAAAAUGGUUCAAGUCAACUAAUGUUUGACAAACAGCAGUAGUGCUAUUACAAAUCAUUUUUACAACAGCAAGGGUUUUUGGUACAAAACUGUUUUUAUUUUUACAGUAAUAUAAAGAAAGAUAUGUUUAUACAGAAUAUUCUUUAAAUCAAGCAAAUGGAAGGAAAAAAAAACCAAAACAGUAGAACCAGAUUUACUAGAGGCAUCUACUUAUAUUCAGUAUCACACGUGCUUGAGAUGCUCUUGCAUAGUGUUUGCUGAAUAUAUGCAAAACGUUUUCUUUAAAUCAAAUGAACUGUGAUUCAUCGUAAACACAACUGCUGUAUAAUUAAAAUGUAUAAAGUUAGGGAUAACAAGGUGUAACUUAAAUAAACACAAAAUAAACAAGAAAUGUAUUCAACAGCGUCUUACAGAACUUGAAAUAGUAGUGUUUGUGCAAAUUAUGUAAUGUUGUUUUGUCUAAGAUAUGGAAAAAUAUGCAUAGAGUAGGCACACAAUGGACAAGAAAGUGAGGAUUACAGAGUAAUUGAGAGAGCGAGCUUGGUUCCUGAAAGAUUGUGGUGAGACAGACACAAUAAAACUCCCCCCGGUGCAAAUAGAAUAAUUACUGUUGUGCAUCACCUUUUAUUGCACCCUGAACUUUGGAACGUCUUCCAUUGCUAAAGGUACCUGCAGAAUGAAGUCUGAAACAUGGUGAAGUCUGAAACAGAAAGCCUGUCUGUGCUCAUUUGCAUAUCUAGGUGGGAACUCUGGGAUAGCUGUUGAAAUAUUAUUUCAUGAGUUUCUGUGUCAAGUGAAGACUUUCCAAAGUUCAUCUUGGGAUAUGCAGGUGAUGCACAACAGUAUUUUUUUUUUCUAUUUGUGUUUUGGUAAGUUGUACCGUGUUUGGUCUCACCACAAUCUUUUUAUGACCCUUGUAACCAUGGCUUGUUUCUUGUCACAGAUCCUAUUGGUCAUAACCCAUGCUUUGAUUUAAAAAGAGCUGUGUUUAAAACUGCACCCAUUGCUAAAGGUGUCUUGAGAAAUGCUGAUUGAAGUCUGAAACACAAUCUGUGUUCAUUUGCAUGUCAACCUGGCAACUCUGGGAUAGUGGUGGAAGCAUUUCCCAAGGAAGACUUUCCAAAGUCCAGCUUGAGAUAUACAGGAGAGAGAGACAGUGUGUUUUUCACACUGAGAACCUAUGAUUUCUUUUAACCACGUUUUAUUUUUUAUAUGGUAGCCUGUUGCUCCAAUAUAUAUAUAUAUAUGUGUUAAAAAGAUUGUCUUUGCAAAAUUCAACACAAUAUUGGUUUCAAUGCCUUAUAUUGAUAAUUUAAUUUUUGAAGUUUUAAUUAAUUAAUUUUAUUUUUUUUUAAAGCUUUUUCUUUAAAAAAAGUUCAUUGGUGCACUGAUUGCACAAAGCUUCUUAUUCUGAUAUAUAGCUGAUGUUAUAACCCACUCAUAAAGGAUCACUAUAGGGUCACUGCAGCCCCUUUCCCCCAACAACAGUCCCCCCCCCCCUGGCCCUACUACAGCCCCUGGCCAUCUACUACAGCCCCUAACUCCUUAAUUACAGCUCCUAUCACCCCACUGCAGCCUACUUUCAGUGUGUUCUAAAUGCAAUCCAUUUUUAUUUAAAGGAGCACUAAAGGGUUAGGAAAACAAACAUGUAUUCCUGACUCUAUAGUGUUAACACCACCAUCUAGCCCCCCUGGGCCCCUCAUGCCUCCAUAAAUAUAGCACAAUCUUACUGUAUUCAAGCCUGAAGCUGUAGAUCUGCAUGCUGUUUGCCUAAAAAAAAAACAAGCAGUCUGCUGACAUAAUCAGAAGUGGUAGCCUGAUCCAAUCACAAUGCUUCCCCAUAGGAUUGGUUGAGACUGACAAGGAAGCAGAUCAGGGACAGAGCCAGCAUGAUUCAAACGCAGCCCUGGCCAAUCAGCAUCUCCUCAUAGAGAUACAUUGAAUCAAUGUAAAGUUCAGUGUCUGCAUGCAGAGGGAGGAGACACUGAAUGUUUGGAUGCAUUUUAGGCAGCUGUGACCCAGGAAGGAUCUCUAACAGCCAUCUAAGGAGUGGCCAGUGAAGUUAUCACUAGGCUGUAAUGUAAACACUGCAUUUUCACUGAACAGACAGUGUUUACAGCAAAAAGCCUGAAGGUAAUGAUUCUACUCACCAGAAAUUCAAUAAGCUGUAGUUGUUCUGGUGACUAUAAUGUCCCUUUAAAUAUGACAGUGGCCUCAGAGUGCUGUACGUAGUGCUUAUGGUGCUUCGAAUGACCCUAUAAUGCAUUUGUCUGUGUUUAUUAUAUCAUUAGAAGACAAAAAGAUUUUUGCUCAUCUGUUUGGAGGGUAAACAUUUCAAUUGAAAUUAUGUUUUUCUGGUAUUUUACAUUUGAAAAAUGGAGUUGGGAGCAUUUCACUUAACAAGUUAAGUAAUGUUUGAUUUAUAGAUAAUAAAACAGCAGGAAAUAGAUUAUGUUCAAUAAAUGGAUUACCAACAUAUACAGCUUCCUGCAUGAGUUCCAGUCGCUUAUUAUGACAAAUGCAUCUUAAAAAGAAGUAAAACAUGUUACUAAAUGUGAGCCCCAAAUGUUGAUUUGCUUGUGUAGGCAGGUCUGAGCGCUCUCUUCAACAGCUGUAAGUGAUCCAUCAUUGUGAAAAAAGAAUAAGUGGAAGUGUGUGUUUUAAAGGUUAGAAAUUACAUUUUGCAUGGUUUCCUGCGUGCAGAUUUUGUCUGAAUGUAGCUUUCCUUAUCCCCUCCACUACUACCUUAGUGACUCAUUAACCUCUUCACUGCUGGACUGUUUGUCUGCUGCUGCUGCUGCUGCUGCUGCUGAACCUCAUUUUUAUCUGCCGAUGAACCUGAUGGCCACUAAAGGCGUUUACCCCAUGAGAACCGAGUCAGACUAGAUUCUCAAUGAAAUGCUCCCUUCUAGAGAGCAUUUGAUUGGUGCAGUGCAGUGAUUUGCUGUGCAUGCGCAGUACUCUGCCGAUCCUUUCUUAGAGGAUGCACUGGAUUGACUGAGAUUAUCACUCUUGAUGAUCUCAGCCAGAGUUGCAGGGCGGCCGUGGAAAUACAAAAACGGUGAGUGAGUAAAGGUAGGUAAAUGCACGUUUUAAACUCUCACAAAAUUGUGAGGGUUAAACAAUAGCAGGAUAUUUUAUGUUGGCAUCAGGAUUUUAGGGAUCAGUUUGUAAUAACGUCAUGAAAUGCCAUUGGUAUUUAAAUGGCAAAACAAGAACUUGGCUACAAUGUGCGAUGCAAGCUUGUAAGGUCUUGCAAUAAAUAACAGGGCUAUUAAUAUUAAUUCACUUUUUUCCAAUAUAUAUAUAUAUAUAUAUAUAUAUUUUUUUUUUUUUCCUCUUAUUAAAUCAUUGAUAAAUCCCAGUUUCAAACACGCAGUACGGUUUUGCCACAUGGAAAAAGUGGACUGUUGAGUUACAAAAUAAAGAAUGUGAAAGAGUUUACCUGUGGAUAAAGGUUAGGAAAGCUACAUUUCUUUACAAAGUGUAACGCAAAAAGGGGAGUUUACCCUAACAGGUUGACAUGAGAAUAUCCCGAUUAAUUACUAAGUGUGCAAUUGCAAAAUAAAUAAAAGCAAACUAAUUAUCUUUAUUAAGUCAAGGAAACUAUUCUAAAAUCAUUUAAUGUGAAAAAUGUGAAUUCAUUAUCAGUCUAAGGCAAUGUCACGUGUAAGUAUUUUCAUAUGGAGCCCAAACCACACUAUUAGUAUUUAACAAUAUAUAAUUGAUAAACUGGCUGUAAGAGGUCCAUUUGAAACAGGUACCUAAUGGAAGGACCCAUUCUCUUAAAACCCCAUGAGUCUGUUUAUAUUAUGGGUUCCCAGGGCUUUCUGCAGACAUUUUGGGGCCCCUUACACUACUCCAGGCCUGGGCACAAGGUGCCUCUCCACAAGUCUGCCCACAGGGCUGACACCAAGUCUGCCUCAAGCGCCCCCCACCCAUUCCACCUCCAUCUUACAGGCACUUAGAGCUUAGGUAGGUAAUGUAGUGUAUGUUUGUAAGGGAUGCAAUGUGUUUAGGGAAUGUAGUGUAUGUGUAUAGGGAAUCCAGUGUGUGUAGGGGGUGUAGUGUGUGUAUGUGUAUCAGAAACAACAUAUUGUGUGUGUAUAGUGGAUGCAAUGUGUGUGUGUAGUGGAUGUAGUGUGUAUGUUGUAUAGUGGAUGCCAUGUGUGUAUAAAUAGUAUAAUGUGUAUAUAGUUAAUGCAAUGUGUGUAGUGGAUGUAGUGUGUGUAGUGGAUGUAGUGUGUAUGUAAGGUAUGCAGUAUGUGUUUAUAGUAUAUGCAAUGUGUAUAGUAAAUGUAGUGUGUGUAGUGGAUGUAGUGUGUAUGUAAGGUAUGCAGUGUGUGUUUAUAGUAUAUGCAAUGUGUAUAGUAAAUGUAGUGUGUGUAGUGGAUGUAGUGUGUAUUUAAGGUAUACCCCUCAACCCCUCUGUUCCUGUGUGUCCAACUUGUCUGGUUACAACUACAUGUCUGUUUGUCCACCCAUUGUAAAGCGCUGCGGAAUUUCACGGCGCUCUAUAAAUAUCAUAAUAAUAAUAAUAAUAAUAAGGUAUGUAGUGUGUGUACAUAGUAUAUGCAAUGUGUGUGUAUAAUGGAUGCAGUGCUUGUGUGGUGGAUGCAGUGUGUUUGUAUAAUGGAUACAGUGUGUGCAUAGUGGUGCAGUGUGUACACUGAAUGCAGUUUAUAUAGUCUAUGCAGUGUAUGUGUAUAGUGUACGCAGUGUGUGUGUGUUUGUGUGUGUGAGCAGAGAUAGGGGCUGUGUUUUGGGAGAGUGUGAGUGAACCGGGUUAUUAAUUUAUUAUUUUUAUUUACUUAGUAUGUUACCUCUGGCCAGGGAGGGUAAACUCUGCACUCCCUGGUGGUCUGGUCAGUGUGACCAUGGCAGAAUGCAGAGACAUAGUGUUCCCAUAAUUGUGGCAACACUCUGACAGCCAGGGCUCGGGAGACGACCUGGCGCAAGAGGAGACAGACAGCAUUCCCAGGCUCCAGCUCCCUCUUUAAAGCAUUCAAUAGCUUUAUAUGUACAUAUAUGUUUUGGUCAUUCAAAUGUACUACCUGUACCCCCUGAUGGCAGACCUGUGUGUUCCCUAAUACAUGGGACAGGAGAAGUAUAUGUAUAACGCAGGAUAAGUAGAAAAUGAAAAGGUCACACUAAUAAUAACAUAGUUGAAGUUUAGAUAGUCUGGCAGCACAUGACCAGAAUCAAAUAAAGAAUCAAAAGUAAGUAUAUCUAUUGUUUAUAUCUGCAACCAGUCUCAGCCCCCAAAAACACUGAAACACUAUUCUACUGGCUUUGUCAGGUGGGAUAAAUGUGUCAAGACAGAUUACCCUUAUGGCCACACAGUUCUAAAAAACAAAUUUAAAAGUCUGACAAAUAGCCCCAAAACAAGAAGAGCUCCUUCUUAUCCUAGCAACUAGUCCUCCGAUAACUGCCCCACUUCCUAGUACUGGUAACACACUAUCAGUAACCCUCUCCCUAGCAGGUACACUGCCCCGUACCACUAAUAGGAUCAAAAUUGCUGCUUUUAAUGCAAACAAAUAGAGAAGCAAAGGAACCCUAUCGAUAUCAUAUACCGCGGUACUCCAGAAUAAUGUAUCUGGAAUCCAACAUAACAUAACACACUCCUGACUUUUAUAUAAGCCCCAAAAAGAUGAAAAUUGUCAAACAACACUAACCUAAAAUUCCCAUGCCCUAUUGCCCAUAACAAAAACCACAAAGAAAUGCCCGACGCGUUUUGGAACCAAGCUAUGUCUUCAUUUGGGGAUUAGAGAGUUUCUUUUUUUGCUUUUGCUCCCUCGUGCUGAAAGCAAGGUGAGUAAAGAAGGUUUUUUUUUAACUCUUUAAGUGCUGGGCGGGACCUAAUACUACUAGGGACAGGAAAACUGAAGGGCUACAAAUACAGAUUUGUAUUCCUAACAGUAUAGCGUUCCUAUAAUAGUUGAUGAAAAGAGAUUUCACUUACUGCAGUAAAAAGGAUUCUUCACACAAAGGACAGAGAUACAGUAACACCAAGGUUUUAUAUUAUCAUUAUUACAGUAUUAAGCCAAGAACAGACAUUUGUGAUAUCACUAUCCAAAAAUGCAUGUCUUGAGCAUCCAGCAGUCAUAGUUUAUAAUUUUUCUAAACACUAUUUUAUGCUGUUUCUUAGAAGUCAGAGUAUAAUGUAAUGGAAAGGCUUCACACAUUAAUUUUGCCGACAGAGAGUCUGAUCGCUUGAAAAAAUAUUUGAAAGUAGUGAAUUCAUCCAAACACACUGGAAACAGAUGAUUGUAUUCUUUUCAUGCGCAAGAUUUGUAUUUUUGGAGUCUCUCAAUGUUCACUGGAAUUCCAUCAAAACAAUUAAGAUGUCAUUACAGCCAAGAUGUAUUCGUAUUGAUCUUACAGAACUAACUGCUGGAGAUUGCUACAUUAUGUGAGAUAAUUUGUACUAGUGAAGUGGACACUGUGACAGCUGCAAAUAAUCAGGAAGCUGAUAGGGAAGAAUAAAUAACGUUUCCAUGUAAAAAAAAUCAACAUUAAAUAGAAAUUGCUGAGGUAUAUCAUCCAGAGACAUAUACAUUGUUACAGUAAUGAAGCUAAAUGUUGACAGAAAUAAAUUAUUCUCUCGUUUUGCGGCUCACUUAUAAUUACUUAUAUAUAACAGGUGAAACACGAUCGCAUAUUAAAUGGAAGCAUACAGUGGAAAUUAUGGAUUUAGAUUAUAAGUAAAUAUAGCAUAUCUGGUCCUCUUAUCCUUUUUGGUUGCAAUAAGGAGUUAGCCAGAUAGAAUGUCCUAUCCCAGAACCCUUACUGUAGUUACUUUAAUGCAGAGCCAAUAUUAGAUGAUGGCUAUCUUUGAUCUAUCAGACUGCGGGAUGCCAGGUUUCAAGUUUCAACUGGAGAGUCCAGUCCGUUGCUGACUCGAUGUAGCACACAGUGGCGGAACCACCGCAGUCAUAGGGGUCACAGCUGCGACUGGGCCCGUCACUGCCGGACCCCAGCGACCGCGGUGCCUGCCGGCUAAGCAACGCGGCUCCGGCCCUCGCAGUAUAACCUCUGGGGUCGCAUUGUGAAGGGGCCCAAUGGGUGGCCCAUGCUGUUAAGGCCACCCGAUGCUAUGUAUUUCUAGGGGGCGCAAACCAGGCCCCCUUUGAUGAGGUCAAAGGCUGGGAGGAAGUGACUGCCCCGGUCACUCCUCUCAGCUUACACCGGGAGCUGCGCGGUAUGAAGGAGAGGAGGGAGUCAGAGUGGGAACUCUGACUCCCAUCAGACUGAGCCACUGGACCCCAGGGAAAAUCACCCUACUGCACCCAAAAGGUAGGAAACAAGAGCAUGACUAGUACAUUUUGUAUGUGUCUGUAUAUGUCUGUGUAUGUAUGUAUGUAUGUGUGUGUGUUUGUGUGUCUGUAUGAAUGUUUCUCUGUAUGUGCAUGUGUGUGUCUGUGUGUCUAUGUGUCUGUAUGUGUCACAUAUUUAUCCGCUUAUAAAAAUGUGGUUAAUGUCAUUUACUGUCCACACAGGAAAAGUUAUGCCGAGCAACAACCAAAUCCACAGAAGGGUUAAUGCUGAGCAGCAAUUAUGCAAAUGGGAACCUGGUAACUGCCUUUGUGGUCAAAGGCCGGUUACAGCCUAUCAGGUCUAGAGGAGGGUUAUUUAGGCCCAGUUCUCAUCCUGCUCAGUGCCCUGUCGUGGUUUCCCUUGUGGUUGUCCAAGAGCGCGUUACUGAUUCUGGUAUUUCUGGUUAUUUGGCUUUGGCAUUGCUUUUGACUUCCCUGUUUUCUGGCAUCCCUGACUCCUGGCUUUUCCUUAUCGUUGUGUCUCUUUCUGUAUCUCUUUACCUCGGCUAUUCCUGACUUUUCUUUGGUACGUUAGUCCGGCCAUUCUAAGGUCCGGCAUACGUUACCUAUCAGUCCUCUGUGUUAUACAAUCCUACGUGCUGGAUCAUUCUGUAAUCCUGAAAGUAUGUAUGUCUGUGUGUCUGUAUGUGUUUGUGUAUAUGUAUGUGUAUCUGUUUGCAUGUGUGGGGAGGGGAGGGGGGAACAUAUACGAGGGGGGCAGUAGAUGUAUCGGGAAGGGUGGGGGGGGUAGAUGUACGGGGGGUUUGACCCAGUGCAAUUUUCACACCGUCGCCCCCCUGGUUUCUAGUUACGCCUCUGGUAGCACAUGUAUUUACACAUAUACACUGGUAACUUGUUUUAUAUGUAUUGAUGUUUUAGGGAACCAGUUUAUAUUAUAGGUGUCCAUUUGUGUGCGAGCAAUUUAGCAAGCAUAAUAAAAAUGCAUCACCAUGCAUUGUUAUCUCAAGCUACUUAUUAGGCUUGAAGUGUUGUAGCAUAUAACAGUGGGUUCUGAACAAGCAUCAUAAUAAUUUAUACAGUAAUAUAAUCUAGAACACCGACCAAGGUGGAUUGGUUCUGCCUUUUUGUUACCAAUCUGGAUCCACACUUCGCAUUGCUCCAUCAAUGUCCAUUUCCAAUUCUCCGAUCAUGCCUUUGGUUUUGCUUGCACGGUGCACUUUAUUGCAUAACUUAAAAAAAUCUAGAUGGCAGAAAAGUCAGGGGCAAGAUUAACACCAUAAGCACCUCUCAAAUAUACCAAGAACGCUAUCAGCUGUCUACCUCAUAAUUGUUAAAGUGAUAAUUAUGCACAAAUUAAUAUAUAGCAAGUAAUGAGUUGUGUUGAUUUAAAGCGUCGAUAUAGCUUCCAGUAGUUGGAUUUUUGUUUGACCCUUUGCUGCUUUCAUUUUCCAUAUGUUAUAGUGGGUAUUUUAAUUCCCAGCGGUAUUUUUACUGUCUGAGAAUUCAGUUGCAUUUGUUUGUUUCGAGCAGUGAGUGUUAUUUUUCAUUUGUUAUUUGUUUUUUUGUUUUCUUCCAUAGAAUUUCUACAUGGCACGGAAAGGAAGCAGUGACAUGAAAGAAAUGAAUGAGAAAAUUAAAAUAUCUCUACUGGAGGUAAGAAUGAUCCAGAUGUAUGCCGUAGGGAAUUGCAUUAAAUAAAAAAGAAAUGUGCAUUGUUACCGCCUAUAACAAUGUGUCUGCCAAGAGUGAUGUCUAAAUGUACUGCAUUUGAAAAAAUAUUGACAAACACAAAUUAAAUACUUUAAGGGAAGAACACGUUAUAUUCUGGAAAGAGUAGACAACAGCUGAUCCACUGCCCUAAGCAAAAGGUAACCUUCUGGAGGACCAUAUGAAGACUUUAUCAUGCAUUUUAUUAUGUCACUAUAUUUUACACAUCUUGUAUAUUAUUUUAAUUGUUUACAACCUAUAUUAACCAUAGUGUGGAUAUGCUGGGCAUAUUGCCUAUUUUCUCACCUUUAUGUCAGAACAAAUACAAUAAGCUGUACAUACAAAUACGAUAAGCUGUAGUUGUUGUGGUGACAAUAGUGUCCCUUUAAGGAUACCAAAUUAGGGAGCUAUCUAAUAAAUACAUACAGAUGUUUAUACAUAUACACACACAAUCACAGGUUCACGCACACACAUAUAAUCACAGACCUAAGCACACAUUCAAUUACAGACCAAUACACACACAUAUAUACAUACACACAGAUGUAUACACAAUCACAGACACAUACAGAUAAUCACAGACAUACAGAUAAUCACAUACAUACACAAACACAAUCACAGACCCACACACACAUACAAUCACAGACUCAAACACAAAUACAAUCACAGACCCACAUACACAAACACAAUCACAGACCCACACAAAUGCAAUCACAGGCAUUCAUACACACACAUUUGGUAAUUAAGAGGUCCACUCAGCCUCCCUAUAUUGCUCUGUGAAACUGGAGUGGAUCCUCUCCCUGGUGGCCAGUGGUUGCUGCUGUGAUGGGAUCACUGUGCUCUUUCUGCACAGGUUCCUCAUGCCCAGUAGUGAUGCCGAUGCAGGGUGGCGUCAUAUCCCAGAUGCCGGCUCACUGCAGGGCUCAUGAGGAAGCUGUGCAGAAAUAGGAUAGUAAGUAAAUGGGCUCCGUCCCGGCAACUCGGAUGGCAACGGGGCCGCAUUAUAAGUGGUUCAGGCCGGAUUCGGCACAUGAGCCAUGGGUUGCACAUGCCUGUUCUAGAAUCAGUAAAGUAUUCCCACUUUGAACAGGGGGUGGGAAAAGAGACGAUAGACAUUUUUGCACACUAGUGGUUUUAAAUGUAUUAAUUAAUGUGUAUCUCUUUUUUCUUGGUCUAAAUUAAUAUGUAGGUUAUGCCAUGUUUUAAAACUUUGCUAUUUAACAGUAAAUGACUUACUUAAGUUGUAUGUGGCAUCUAUGAUAUCCAAGUCUCAAUAUACUCCCCUUAACCUUCACCUCUUAGCUGUGCUUAAAUGCUACAUGAUUCACUGCAUGCAAGAGUCUUCCACAAACAAUGAUAUAAAAUUAUCCCUUAAGGUCACCAUCUAAAUGGAAUUAUACAGCGCAUUCCCAUGGUGCAUGUACAUAUACUGUACAUGUUAAUAAUUCCACUUAUAUCCAUUUAUCUACAUUGCUUCUACAUUGUUUCACUAUUUCGCUACUGCUCUUGUGUCUCCUGAAUUUAGUGCUUAAUAUUUUUUACUUAUUUAUCUACUGAGUUGAAGUGACUUCUCAGGUCCCUCCAGCAGCAUGGUUAUGAUUACAGAUAUUUUGUAUUUUAUUUGAGAUGGGUUGCUGACCAAAUGAUGAAUUGGUGUUACUUACACCAUAUAUGCUCCCGUACCAUUUAUCCUUAUCCUACAGUUUUCAUAACAUAUGCUACUAGUUUACAAAAAAAACAAAAAUCUAUUUCUUUCUCAUUGUGUUUGCAGUUUAUUUUCUACUACAGUCUUAGACCCCAUCCUACAUCACGUGGGACAGUAAAAAAUGGUAGAUUGAUUCCAUGACUUUGCACACAUCUACCACCCAAAGAACAGGAAAUAGACUUUAAAUACAAUAUAUGAGUUACAAUAAAUAUUCUUUUGUAGCAAAUUAGAAAAUAAACUUAAUUUUAUGGUUGAUUUUCUUUAUUUAACAUAUCAAGUCAAUUGUAAAAUUAUUUUCCACAGAGGUAAAUUGCGUGAGUUCUUCUACAAUAAACAUUAAUCUUAAAUUACAUUGUUCUUUUAUAAUGGGAAACGGUUUGGCUUCGCUCAUGCCACCUUGUUCUCGGAUGUUCAUUACAGUAAAACAAUCCCUCGUUAUCUGUGUCUUCAAUAAAUGUACAACUUUGGAUCAUAAUGACAAUGCCUCAAAGCUUUAAUUACUGAAAACAAACUUCAUCCUUUGAAAAGCUCCACAUAUGCCUUGUUUCCUAAAUUAGGUUUGUUGACCUCUCUGUUCUCGUUCCAAGUUUUCUGAUUUUCAUUUACUUGAAGACUCUGAAUGUACCAAAAAUUGGUCCAAUCUAAGCCCUGUAUAAUAGCAUGGCCUCUUCCUUUUGUGUCUAAAAGCAUGCUUUGUGCAAGUUGUGCCUCCUUUAAAUCAUUUCUCAAAGUUCAUUAUGUAUUAAGUUCCAUACGUGUUGUGCAUUUUUUUCAAGCUACCUGUUUUAUUGUACUUAAGCGCAGAAAACACUGUCUUUGGUCGGAUUAACUCUUUCUACUGCCAUUCCUGCACAGAGAAGUUCUCUCUGCAGCCUAAUCACCCUCCACUGCGAGGGAGUGAUGUCCUGGAGAAUGGCCUGGCGGGUUUCUUACCUUGGCCAUGUCUCUGAGUAUUGCACACCUUGUGCUUUUGGGCACUCCAGUGAUGUUGCAGCUCUGAAAUAUGGCCAAACUGGUGGCAAGUGGCAUCGUGGCAGCUGCACGCUUGACUUUUUUCAGUUCAUGGGCAGUUAUUUUGCGCCUUGGUUUUUCCACACGCUUCUUGCGACCCUGUUGACUAUUUUGAAUGAAACGCUUGAUUGUUCGAUGAUCACGCUUCAGAAGCUUUGCAAUUUUAAGAGUGCUGCAUCCCUCUGCAAGAUAUCUCACUAUUUUUGACUUUUCUGAGCCUGUCAAGUCCUUCUUUUGACCCAUUUUGCCAAAGGAAAGGAAGUUGCCUAAUAAUUAUGCACACCUGAUAUAGGGUGUUGAUGUCAUUAGACCACACCCCUUCUCAUUACAGAGAUGCACAUCACCUAAUAUGCUUAAUUGGUAGUAGGCUUUCGAGCCUAUACAGCUUGGAGUAAGACAACAUGCAUAAAGAGGAUGAUGUGGUCAAAAUACUCAUUUGCCUAAUAAUUCAGCACUCCCUGUAGUUACGCCUCUGCCCAUGCAGUCUCACUUUCUCAAUUCUGUGUAAUUUGGGAAUUAAAUGACUUACCCUAGCAAUACUUCCCCUGAAUGAGACUCACACAGCCUUCCUACACACUUAAUGAGAGAUCUAAUUUUUAAACUUCCCUUAACGCACAGUCUGUUUAAUUUAGAAUUUCUAACCACCUGCUAUGUUGAUAGCCUCCUGUGUGUGUAAUUAAAGUGUAAUUAACAGAGCAGGAGAUAAAAAAACUUCUAAUAUAAAUACACUGUGUUGUUAGAUCUGAUUGAAAAUUAACCCCUUAAGGACACGACAUGUGUGACAUGUCAUGAUUCCCUUUUAUUCCAGAAGUUUGGUCCUUAAGGGGUUAAACUACUUUUUCCAUGCGUGUUUUGUGAGUUACAGCCAGGGGAGGUGUGGCUAGAGCUGUAUGGAUAGAAACAAAAGUUAUUUAACUCCUAAAUGGCAGAGAAUUAAGCAGUGAGACUGCAGGAGUGUAAGCUAUACUUCAAAACUGUUUAAUAAAGCUUAAGUUUCUGUGGUGCUUAAAGUGUCGCUUUAAAUUAAAUUAAUAUCCAGCAUCAGUAAUGCAACCAAAAGUCGGUUAGCCACCAGGAAGUGCCUCUAGUGGCAGUCUGAUUGACAGCCACUAGAGGCAGUCUUAGUCCUGCAAUGUAAUCACUGCAGUGUCUCAAAAACUGCAAACAUUCACGCGUUGGCACUUCACGCCUGCGAAAAUCCAUAAAAUACACAAUACAGCCACUGACAGGUGCUGGAGAUGCCAACAUAUCGAAGCCCAUCACUCACACAUCUGGUGGCAAUGUCCACAAAUAACAAAAUUCUGGAAUAGAAUACACACACUCAUCCAAACACUCAUCAAUAGUAAAAUACCAUUCACGCUACAACACUUCAUCUUCCUCUUGCCCCCACAAGGCCUACAAAAAGAGAAAACGGCACUCUUUAACCACCUUGCCAUGGCAGCAGCACAAUUAAUACCUAAAUAUUGGAAACAACCACAACCACCCCCGAUCAGGGAGAGAGUAGAAGAAAUCAAGCAGAUGGAGGAAUAGACCUAUGCCAAAACCAAGAAGUUUAAAAAGUUCUCUAAAAUCUGGGAACCCUGGUUAAACUUCAAAAAGUCAAGAACUUACCAAGAGUAGAGAAUUAAGAUCUCUUUAGUGUCUUCUACUCAAACCUAGCGCUCCCCUCUACACCUGAAUGAGUCCCGGACUUCGGUCCAGACACAUACCAAUAUAAUGGGACUUUAUAUGGGAAAGUUCAUGGCAAACACCAUUAGUAAAUAAUAACAGUUAACGCCACCAAUACGGAGACCCCCCACCCUCCCACCCCCUCAACAAAAUCUCUACUCCCUCAAUCUAGAGACAAUUUCGCAAAAGGGGUCACUAGAGACCACUCCCUACUUUAGCUUUCACUGAUAUUGUACACUGUACAAACUGGUAUUUUUUAUGUAAUCCAUUAAUGUAACCAAUGUACAUUUUAAUACUAAUUUUGUGAACACUACAAUAUUUUGCACUAUGAUGUAUCUUUGCACAUGUUACUUUACGAUAUGUCACUAUUACUUUUCUAUGUAAAAUUGAAAUGGAAAAAUAAAAAAUUGUAAAUUUAAAAAAAAAAACUGCAAUCAUUUACAUUGCCGGACUAAGAGGGACAGGGACACUGCACCCACACCACUUAAAUGAAGAAGUCUGGGUGCCUAUAAUGUCCCUUUAAAUUCAUGGCUCACUUUGAAUUCUCACUUUAGUGAAUAACCCUUUAAAAUUCCUAGUUUAGUGAAUACCGUGAUUACUGAAUGGCUAAAACUAUACUACUUGUAUAACAGGAUUUUAAUGUUAGUCUAACGUCAACUUUGAUUAAAUACGGCUAUUAAUUGUCUGGCUAUGCAGUCAGACAUUACACUGUGUAUGUGGGUGUGUAAGAAAGACUGAAUGUAUGUAAAUAUCUUAUCUUAUAUACAACUUUCACUUUGGGGAGGCAGAUUUACAAAAUGUCAUCAGAAUUAAACUAUUAUAACCUCAUGUGAGUUUAAAGGGACACUCUAGGCACCCAGACCACUUCUGCCCAUUGGAGUGGUCUGGGUGCCAACUCCCACUACCCUUAACCCUGCAAGUGUAAUUAUUGCAGUUUUUUAUAAACUGCAAUAAUUACCUUGCAGGGUUAAGUCCUCCCUUAGUGGCUGUCUACUAGACAGCUACUAGAGGGCACUUCCUGCUCCAUAGUACAGGUUUUGUGUGCUAGAGCAUCGCUGGACAUCCUCACACUGUGUGAGGACCUCCAGUGUCGCUCAAUUGCCCGUAGGAAAACAUUGAAAAGCAUUUUCAAUGCUUUCCUACGGAGAGCUCUAAUGCGCGUUAGGUCUCCCCGGCCGGCGGGCGGGAUCAGUCUCGCCCACCAGCUGACAUAAGGAAGGGAAGUAGCAGCGGCGACCCGAAACCACCGCCGAGGGACAUCGGCAGGGUCUCAGGUAAGUGACUGAAUGGGUUUUCACCCCUUCAGCAACCGGGGAUGGGAGGUGGGAGGGAGAGGGGACCUGCAGUGCCAGGAAAACAGAUUGUUUUCCUGGCACUGGAGAGUCCCUUUAACAUCAAGAAAACUAGAAAGGAUAUUGCAGUAAUGCAUAAAAUGCCCUACUACUUUUACUACCGAAGAACACAAUAUUUUUAACUAUUAAAGGGACACUCUUAGCCAAUUGGUAAUAUCCCAUUCUCUUUUUUUUUUUUUUUAUUGACAAUGCAUUAAUAUGCAUAGAAACAACCAAUAAAAAAUAAUAAAAGAUACAAAAAAAAGAUACUCACUCGUAAAGUUUCUUCUUUUUAUGCAAAUCCCUAAACAUUACAUCAUUAGCCUUCAGAUUUGUCUACUGCAGGUUAUUAGCUUGAAGACAGUGAGGAAACUUUUAUUCUGGUGUACAGCAUGUUCCACGUGUUUAACCAAGCAGUGACAGUGGUAAAGUGUAGGGAGAGGGCUGAUUAUCACAUUUCAAAGACUUCUGUGAACACCUUCAGUUCUGCUUAAAGCAUAGGAGUUUCUGGGACUUGUAGUUCAUUUAAAAUCUUUAUGUUAAUGAACAUUGUCAGCUGAACUACAACAACCAGAAAACUUCCAGUGCUUCUGAAUAAAUAUUAUUGCUCACUGCAGGUUAGUAGGAAGGGACAGAAAAGGAACUGUACACAGGUAAAGGAACCAGCAAAGGGGUAUAUUUUAGGAUGAAGGAGGUGGAACACAAGCGGACAGGGGUGAAGAAGCAGAACUCUGCAAAACAUUUUUAUUUUGCAAAAAAAAAGAAAUAUACAAACUUUGGCAUGCAAAAAUACAUCUGUUUUUCAGCCAGAAGGUAUAAAUACAUAAAGAUUUUAUUGGUGUCCCUUUAAUUCUCGCUAAAAGUGUCCAUUUAAAUGGAGAAACAAUUUUUCUGAAUUCUUCUUUGAAAUAAUAUAUUAUGUGUCCCUUUCUUGACAUGCAGCAAAGUUUCUGUGGUUCGUCUGUCGUGGUGCCAGAGAUUGAAGGGGCUCUUUAUUUGAAAGAAGACGGCAAGAAGUCUUGGAAAAAGCGGUACUUUCUUCUGCGAGCUUCUGGGAUUUAUUAUGUACCUAAAGGAAAAACUAAGGUCAGUGAGACAGAGGAGAACAUUCAGUAAUGAAACAAUUCCUUAAGGUACAAAGAAUGAACUCUCAGGGUGAGUUCCACUACCUGAGACUAGCUCGUCUUACUGGACCACUUGUGUAAAUAUUGGGAGUCAGGAUUUUAAAUCAUUUUGAAUGCUUCGGGUGUUUUGUUUGCAGAUAUAAGAAUAGUAGGUCUAUUUCAACCAAAACACUCUCAAUGUAUACCUUGUCAUUCUACUGAUAAAUGGGAGCUUAUUGCCAAAACCUCCUUGUGGAAUGGUGGCAAAUUCCAUUGGGUUUAUAAAGGAUUUUUUUUUUAAAUGACCCACACAGCUUAUAUUAAUUGGUUGAAUCAUUUUAAUUGUGCUUUGCUGCCGUUACUGGUAAUGCACAUUUGGCGAUUAUUCACAAACCUUGAUUUUUGUAGAGAAUUGACAAGGAAAUGACAAAUUAUAGGUUUAAACUAUCAAACUCUAAAAAAGAGUUGGAGAAUUUUUACAUUGUGGCUUGUUUGGAAUAAUUGUAAAUUUCUAACCAUUUCCACAAAUAAUCCAGAUUGGUAACUAAACUUUAUAGACACUAGUGAUAUUUUUGUUGUUGGUUUCUCAUAAAGCAUUAUUUGAACAACCUUUUUCUUAGUAUUUGUGGACAAUAAAAGUAUCUUCUGAGCCCUGGGAUAAUGAAUUCCAAAUUAUCAGGUUUUUUUUUCAGUACAGACUUUUAUCAAUGCUAUAUUCCAGAACAAGUUUUUUUUUUAUUUAUUUAUUUUUUAUUGGAGUCACGGGGUCAUGACUAAGUUUUCUUAUUAAAGCUGCUCUGUUACCAUCUGGCGAAUCAGUAGUUCCCCAUUCAUUAAAAAAAAAAUACGUACCCCUUUUUAUGAAUGGUGAUCUACUGAUUGGCUUAGAGUGUCAGCUGACCGCUCUAGCCAAUCAGUGGUGCUCCUGUCUGGCGGAACACUGUGCUUCCUGAAAACUCAUUUUCAGAAGCUCGAUGCCGCUGGGGCAACUGGAGACCCAGCACUAGAGGCAACAUUUAGGUUAAAACCAUUUGUGAAUGGUUAACCCCUUCAGGUAAUAAAGUGCCCGGAGGGGUCUCCAGGCACCAUAACACCUUAGUUUUGAUGAUGAUCUUAUGGUAACCUGAGUAUUCCAUUAAGUUUGCACAAGAAAACACUGGUGGAACCACCAUAGUCUCAACAUUCCCUGAAGUUCCAUCUGUCAACAGGAUGACCAGGCAAGGCUGGGGCAUUACCUUGCAGAACCAUUUUUAACCCCUUAAGGACACAUGUCAGAAAUAUUCCGUCAUGAUUCCAUGUUAUUCCAGAAGUUGUGUCCUUAAGGGGUUAAAUAUAAACCCAAUAUGACAAUAUUGCAAAUAAGAAAUACCAUAGGAAGCACUUUAAGCACUCAUUUGGGGUUACUGUAGCAACAUUCUCACUCAUUCCCUGAGUGCCGUAGAAGAAUAGUGUUUGUGUGGUCAGCAUCCACCGAAGGUGCAGACUGCAUGCUUCCCCGCUGGACCAUCAGGGAUGCAGUCAGCAGGGAUCAAACCCCAGCAAUAUUCAAAUAAGUCAUUUUGGUGCUACAAAGGAGAGGAAUAGUGCUGAAAACUAAAUGAAACAACUCAAUAAAAUACAUUCUCCUACACUCUUAUGUAGGAAAAUGGAUGGGAGGGUCACAUAGGUAUGAUGAGGUUUGCCCCACCUAAUGAAUGGUGGACAGUAAUUAUGUUAAAAAUCAAAAAACAAAAUAAAUCUGUCCACCCCCCAUUAGUUAUUUUAAACUCCCCCACCAGAUGCCCACGGGUGAUGGGGAACAGAUCUUGCACGGCAGAUGGGGGUGUAUGGAGGUGAAAUACCUCACUUGUCGUAUUAUGUGCGUCCUAUUGACCCCCACAGACUUUUUUUUUUUACCUAUUGCAGCUGGCUAGCAAGCACUGGCCUGAUGCCACAUAAAUAACCCAUGCGUAGCCGAGGGUGUUAAAAUAUUUGCCCUCUUUCUGCUAGCCACUUGCUUUUUGCACAAUAGUAAUAUUUAUAAUAAUGAUAAUUUGCUAUUGUGCAUUCUGAUGGAUGUAUUUCAUUCCAAAUUUAGUUAAACUGUUGCUUUGUGAACCUUCCUAUCCUUUGCAUAGGAUUCAGAUACAAAAGCACCAAUUCUAACCUGGACACCAAAUGCAUAAGUUAAUUGCUUCAAAUCCGGUCGGACUGACCUAAUUUCAACCGGAAUCGGCUUUAGUAAAUCUGUAAAUUGCCAAUGCUGUUGGAAUUCGGCCAUUUUCACUGGUGUUUAGUGAAUAGCACUGUUGGCCACUAUCACCUAAAAUGCACUCUGAAUCCCUGACAAUUCACACAUUUUAAAUCAUUCAGCAAGCUGCAAGGGGAUUUCAUAAGUGCAAGGACAAAAAGUACAUUUGUAGAUAUCUCCAUGGUACUGCUAAAUAAACCGGUAUCAAAAGGAAAUAUUGACAGUUCUGUUUAACCCCUUAAGGACCAAACUUCUGGAAUAAAAGGGAAUCGUGACAUGUCACACGUGUCAUGUGUCCUUAAGGGGUUAAAGAGGCAUUUAAUGCACUGGAAAUGGUCUACAUACAUAUAUACAUACAUAGCAGAUUGGGGUGUCAGGUAAACGUUGUUGGAGCCAGUCCGCAAAUUAAUAAUUGCAUUUUACUGUCUGCUGUGUCAGUAUUUUUCCACAUUUAGAAUAGGCAGACAUGCUAAAUACAUAAUCAAUAGGAUGUGGACACAUGAUACAUUGUAUAUGAGAUGUAUGUACAUCACGUUAUAUGAUACCAUUUUGCAGAUGUGUCCCUUUAUUAUUUUAGUAUGUUAAAAAAGGAAAUGUUCUUUCGAAAAACAACAUAUAAAAAGGCAACAAAAAUAAUGUCUAAAUGUCAUAUUAUAAUCAGCAGAAAAUGAAGGUCUGAAUAAUGUAUUGAUUUAUGAAGAUGUAACCUUGUGCUGUUUCGAGUCAUUAUUUUCGUGGAGGGGAGGGUGCUUGUACACACAGAUAUUUUAAAUGGUGAAAAACGAUGCAGUGUAAAAUAGCUGCAUCAUAACAGCUCCUAGGUACCCGUUAUCUCAAGUUGCCAUAGCAACCUUCCGAAGAACAAAAAGAAAGCCCUCGGAAAAAAAAUUCUGCUACGGAAAAAAAAGGAGGAACGUAACAGUCAAUCUAGCCUUUCCCUAUAAUUUGAAACAGAAAGAAAUCUAUUUUUUUUUUUACAACAAAACCUAUUCACUUGUCUGUAGGGAAAGUCAAUUUUGACAUACAUUUAAAAAAAAAAUAGGAAAAUCGGGUUUUCUUCAAAUUGCUGUAAUUUUACAUAAAAAAAAAGAAACAGACAACAGCAGCAGCAGCAUGAAUUCCAAUAAGCCCUGGCAGGUGGCUGCUUCUUUUCGGAAUAUUGCAUUGGUGACAACAUUCUAAGGUAAGUGACAUAUGAUUGCAUGAUACAUGCGGACAGACAAUACAGCAAAACUACAGACAAAAUGUUUAUGGUUUGGUUUGUUCGUUGAUUUUUUUUUUGAGCUCUUUAAACACCGCCCAGUAUGAAAUAGGCUUUGUAUGGGGAUAGCUUUGCCUGCCCUGACCUCUUCCUAAUUCAAAUGAAAGCCACACACACACUAACGGAAUCAGGAAAUUCCAAAAUCUAUACUCCAACAAUUAAUGAUUUUUUUUUAUUUUAAUUUUUUUUUAAAAGCAAGAGGAAAUGGGGAAGGGGAAAAAGGGGGGGGGGAGGGGUGGUAGUGUUAUGAUACCCACUUUGUUGCCAGAACACAUUACAGCAAAAUACCAGUUCUUCUAUUUUCACAACUGUGAUAGAUACUGUUGAACCGAAUAUGUUGCCAAAAGCAUCUAUUUGUUUCUCCAGCUACUUUUAAAAGGCUGUUUUAUUCUGUAAUUACAUACAUGUGUGUUUUUGUUUCAGACCUCUCGCGAUUUGGCUUGUUUUAUUCAGUUUGGAAACGUGAAUGUUUAUUAUGGUGUACAGCAUAAAACAAAGUACAAAGCACCCACUGACCACUGCUUUGUCCUGAAGGUAUAUGAAUUACAUUACUUAUAUCCUGCAGAUUUUAGUGUAAUGAUUAUAGCUUUCUACGGUAUAGCAUUUUUUAAAUAUUCAUAUUCAUAUAUGUGUUAUUUUACACUUGUCAACAUUGUAUAGUUAUCCAUUAUGGAAUAAUUGUUCCAGUAUGAUCUUUAUCGAAAGUUGUGAUAGCUAACUGUGGCACUGCAGAUGUUUGUGAACUACAUUACCCAAAAUGCUCAGCUUCCCUUGCAGAGGAGCAUGAAGGAUAUUCAGUUUGCAGACACCUGCAGUACAAAGAGGGAUCACCACUAAAGUGUCGGUGAUAUUAAAACUACUGUUAAACCUGUGAAUUAAUAAAAUGACUGGGGUCGUUAAAAUUAUCUUAAAUUUUAUGCAUUUAAGUGUAUUCCUAAAUUGCUGGAAAUGUAUGCAAAACAGUCACGAUGAAGUUCAUUUGACAAAUUUUAUUUUCCGUUGACCAUGUUAGUGAAAAGGCAAUUUUUGCAAAUAUUUUUUUUUAGAAUGUAUGUAUUCUUUUCUAUACACUUCUAGAAUAGUGGUAUAUUUAUUUAAAUGGAAGUUUAAUUUAAAUGGCAGAUUUAUUAAAAGUUUGUGAUUAAACGUGGACACUUUUUUUAUUACAAACAGGGUGCUGGCUUUAAAAACCCUGAGAACUGUAACUCUUAAUAAUCUCGGUCAGGUCUCACAGGAGUCUUGAAGGCAGAUACCCCAUAAUAUUUCCAGUACUUCAUACCUUUAUCAGAGUAGUCUCAGAAUGUCAUACCUUCAUCGUAGACAUAUCUCCCUCCCAGCCCUUCACCCCAUUACCCUUGGCAUAACUCCUUCCCAUUGCUUCAUCCCUUCAUAACAGGCCUUGACUUCCACCCCAGCAAUCUUUCAUUAUAAUCCAUUCCCCCCUAGGACUCUUUGAACCCAUCAUUCUUCCUCAUCAUAGCCUCCGGCUCCACCUAUCUCACACUUUUAUUUAUCAGAAGCCUCCUUUCUAGCACUUAAUCAUAGGCUAAGCUUCUCUACAACACAUUACCCCUUAUCAUAGGCCGCCACCCAGCAAAUCAUCCCUCUAUCAUAGUCCAUCUGCACCAGCCCUCCAUCCUUUUAUUAUAGCCCCACAUUUGAUCAUUUCACCUUCAUCAUAGGCACCCUUCCUCAUAGAUCCCUUCUUCAUAGUCCUCCUUCUUACCUCCCAAAUCUCCAUCUAUUUUUGAAAGUUCCCUUCCUAAAUCCCCAUGUUUUUCAUUGAUUGUUACCUCACCCUUCACCCUAGGCCAUCCUCUGCCCAUACCAUUCCCUUCAUGUGGGUCUCCACUGUCAGGGCUCCCUCAUUCCUUCCAAGUUGUUUUAAGGCAGGUAGGUAUAUAAACUGUACCCAUCAUCUUAUAGGUAGGUCCUCAUGCUUCAUCGUUGACUAAGCUACAAGGUAAAGAGAGGGGUAAAAUUGAAGUUGUGGGCACUGAGCAGCUAAGUGUGUGGGCCUUUUCCUACCUUAAACAAUGCUUCAAAAGGUAGCUCCAAAUCCACCACAUAUAAUAAAGAAUUACUCAGAUAACCCUGUGAGGAGCUUAUUAUACUUUUAUAAAUGACAGAUAAAGGACACUACUAGUUAGUCCCCAUCAUGUCCCUUGAUCAUAGAGGCAUUACCUCCAGACUCUCCGACUACUUACUGGUUGUCAAACUGAACUCUCUGGCCACUUACAGGCUAUCAAACCAUUCAAAGCAGGUACUACAAGCAGGUGUUACUCCCGUAUGUAUGAAAUAUGCAAAAUGCUAAUGUUCUACUUUUCAGUUUCCUUGGCAACUGGUAAUAUGAAAACAGAGUGGGUAGUAAUAGAAAUGAGAGAAAGGUUUCGGUGUACAGAAAAGAACAGAAAAAAAGCAGCUAGCGAGUCAUAAUGACAGGUGCCUUCUACUCCCCUGCUAAAUUAUUUUAGUUUUACUCCCCUGCUAAAUUAUAUUUAGUAUUAUAUAUACUAGAUGAAGAAAAUAACAUAUUUUUUAUUUUAAAAAUGGCUAAACUAAAUAGUGAGUCGGACAGGUCUAUAUAGCUUGACUAAGAGGUCCUCUUGAGAUGUUAUUUAAGGUCAAGCAACAAUAUCAAGACAUGUUGGGCGACAAGUGUUAAUCAUAUCAAUGUGGUGGGGGAACUCUGGUCUACUUAAUUGACAGGUUGCUUUUGGCUAGAGAGUUGGGAUGACACUCAGUUAGGACCUAAGUCUUCAGGUGUUUGACCUAGAGUGCAGGUCAAGUUGACUGGUGUUGGCUGGAGAGUUGGGAUGACUUUCAGUUAGUUAGUCAUCGCGUGACUGAUCUCUUGACAUUCUAUAAACUGAUAAAAGCUAGCUGUACUUUCUAGAGAGGCAGGGGAGAAGGACAACGCUUUAGAAUUUCUAAUAUUGAUAUUAAAUGAUAACAGAUAAUAAAUAAGAGGCACUUUAGUGACAAGCAAACAUUGAUUUGCUCAGAUGAAUACUGGUAAAGUAAUUGGGAUUAUGCAUUUAGGUUUUAAAGGCUAACAAAAUUUAGGAAUGGAAUUUUUGUUGCACAAUGGGACAUGGAAAAACUGUUGAAAGGAGAUAUCUAAUUGUGUUGAAAUGGAAUGACUUGGAAAGACAGCCCUGCUGAUUGGCCAGGGUGGCUGGCCCCACACCGCCUCCUUAGCUAAGAUCAUCAGAAUUGAUUAUCUUAGUCAAUCCAAAGCUUUCCUAUGGGAAAGCAUUUGACUGGCUCAGAUAAUCAAUUCUGCUGAUGCCAGCCAUAGAGGCGAAGUGGGGACGGGGCCAGUGCCGCAGACCCGCGCAUCACUGGAAUAAAGGUAAAUUUUUACCAUUUUCACUUUAGGGUCAGGAAUAGUGAUGUCCCGAACGGUUCGCCGAAUGGUUCGCCACGGACGGCGAACAUAUGCGCUGUUUGGUCCGCCCCCUAUGUCAUCAUUGAGUAAACUUUGACCCUGUACCUCACAGUCAGCAGACACAUUCCAGCCAAUCAGCAGCAGACCCUCCCUCCCAGACCCUCCCACCUCCUGGACAGCAUCCAUUGUGAAGCUGCAUUCUUAGUGAGCUGUCCAGGAGGUGGGAGGGUUUGGGAGGGAGGGUCUGCUGCUGAUUGGCUGGAAUGUGUCUGCUGACUGUGAGGUACAGGGUCAAAGUUUACUCAAUGAUGACGAAUAGGGGGCGGACCGAACAGCGCAUAUGUUCGCCGUCCGUGGCAAACCGUUCAGCGAACCGUUCGGGACAUCACAAGUCAGGAAUACACAUUUGUAUUCCUCACCCUAUAGUGUUUCUAUAAAUUUGAAAAUCACUUUAAAUUCACUCUUCAGAACAUAACCCUGUCAGGCUCGCACACGUGGCACUGGCUAUUCGAGAAUCUGGCUUUGUGCUAGAAAGACAAUUUGAAAUGGACUGGAUUUUUUUUUUGAGGUUAUGAAGGGAAGUUUAUAACAAUGAAUUAAAUCACCAAAAAUAGCCUGAAAAUCACAAGCAAAUAAUGGUGGAGCUACACACAUUUUUACCUUGCUUCACCCAGGUGGUAUGGCUAAGCAUCAAGGAAUUCGAGACACUAUAACCUCUUCAAUGAGUUGAAGCAGUUAUGGUGCCUACAGUGUCCCUUUAAGUAAUUUUUCUGUUCCAGACAGAACUCUCAGCAUAAGCUGCAAAAUGCAAGGGUUUACAGAAAAAGUGUUUUUUUCAUUAUAUUUAUUGUACAAUUUCAUAAUAAAAAAAAAGAAUGGAGUUUUAUAUAAUCAUUGCAAAACUGUUGACUUUUUUAUUGGUGAUUAUAUUAGCAUAUAGAUGAUUAUUUAAAGUGUAUGUUUUCACAUUAUUAUUUCAGCAUCCACAAAUUCAAAAGGAAUCCCAAUAUAUAAAAUAUUUGUGCUGUGAUGAUCCUUGGGCUCUUCAGCAGUGGGUUACUGGGAUUAGAAUAGCCAAGGUAAGAUGUCUGAAACGCUUAUAUUGCCAUGAUUAAAGUGGCUCUGUCAUGGGGCAAACCUACUUUUUUAAUGUCGCCCCGAUUCUCGGAGUCAUUAUUGUCGUUGGUGGCCCUGGAUCUGGCUCCAAGUCACCAUGUUAAGGGAUCCUGGCAGUGGCGAUUGCAUUCUGCCUUAAUGUGCCCUGUGCAUGCUCACUGCUUCUUUUCUUAUUUACAAUGCAAGACCAGUGGGUCUCAGAUAACUUCAGUCCAAGACUUAGUAAUUUCCCAAUUCUCUUUCAGUGUUAUAGUUACCAAAACAACACUAGCUUAAUGAAGUCUCAUUAAAUCAUUUUUGUUCCUAUCUAUGCAGCCCUAGCCACACCUCCCCUGGCUGUGACUCACACAGCCUGCAUGAGAAAAAAAAAGUUUCAUAUUCAGUCAGAUUUUUUUUUUUAUCUCUUGCUCUGUAAAUUGAACUUUAAUCACACACAGGAGAUUCUAGCAAGCUAUUAACAUAGCAGGAGAUAAGAAAUUCUAAGUAUAAACAUUAGAUCUCUCUUUUUAGGAAGUAUUUGGGAAGGCUGUGCAAGUCACAUGCAGGUAGGUGUGACUAGCACUGCAUGAACAAAGUGAUAUUUUAUUUAUUUUUUUAAAUUGAAAAUCAGAUUUUAUUGAGAUACAAAAGGUAAGUACAGGAUAGCAGAAUUGUAAUGGCAAUGCAUAGUCAAACUAAGAUUAUAUAACGGUAUUGAGUGUCAGGAAUAGGCAUACAUUGAUAAACACAGCAUUGCAUGUAGUGAUGACGUCGGUCUCAUUUUCUGUAUUAUAGAGUGUGGUGGGACCAUUGCCUGUUCGUGAAUUGCCUUUAUGUGAUUGCCUGUAUUUCCCCUGUGUAUUUUUGAAUCUGUGUAUGUUUUACCUGCUCCCCCAUUCAAGAGACCUCAUAUGAACGGGUUCUGUUCGUCUCCCAAACGGGGACCACCCCAAGAUCCCAUUUAGAAUGUUUAUUUAGAACGUUUACACCUCGCUAACGAGGUGUGAAAACUGCAAACCACAAGGGAAGCCUCGGCACAUGCCUACCCAGGGGGGCGACCCGUUCAUUAGAUGAACGCCAUCCACGGGGAGCAUUCGCGGAUAGCUUCAGGUGGCAGGAUCUUGUGCCCAUAGAGUAUCCAGCACUCGGAUAUCCCCAGGGGUGUAUAGAUGGCAGCCUGACCUCGCUUCUGGCCGGACUCCGGUCAAGAAAAAAAACAGACUUUGCAGGCAGCUGCUGUGAGCUUUGGAGUGGUUAAAAGGGCGAUUACUGCUCAUAGGUCGUCACUUCCACACCAGAAAUUCUGUAUAUUGCGUUGAAUCGCACUUUAAAGGAAACUUUCCAGUCCUGACUCAUAAGAUCUAGUCAACUGGACUGAAGUUCCAACGCGUUGGCCAUCUUGGUCGCGCCUUGUAGCUCUCAGGGCACCUGCCAGGGAGAUCUCCACCUCCAAGUCUGUAAGCUCCAGUGGGGACCAAAGGGUGGGUAGUGAAGCUGUAGGAUUGCACCUCCGUGUGUGCUCAGGGCGUCCGGAGAUCGGCUGCUUCUACACUUCAGGGACCUAAGAUGGAGGCGCCCAGAUACAGGAUGAAAUGGCAGGAUAAUAAAAAGGGAUAAUUUAAGACAGACUUUUAACAACUGCUUUACUGCAAUAGCUGUUAUCCCAGUUACUGCAGCACAAACACACACACAUACUUUUAAUAUGAAAUUAUUUUAAUAGGUAUUCAAUGUAAACAUAAGUAUCAUACACUAUAUCAACCUAUUAAAGACUGAUCCAUAGUUUAACGUUUUGCUGAAAAGUUAGAACGUAGUGAUAAUGUUUACCAGGAAACCAAACCAAUAAUGUAUGUGCCAUAUAUCGGACCUGUUUCUCUUUACUGCAUCUACCUGACUGUAUUGUAUCCACUGUCUCCUUAAUGAGAAGAUAAUGAAUCUUAAACUUGAUUUCAAAUCUCAUUUCUUUCUAUUUUGUUUUAUUUCAUCAUUCUAUACCGUUAAUAUUUUUUGUAUCUUCAGGCAGUUGUAUUGUCCAUACAGGUUUAAAACCACGUACAAGCAAAGCUAUAAGACAGAUUUUGUUCUCUGUUUGUAAUGAAUACAUUAGACCAGAGACACAUUUCCAAUUACUGUUUGUUGUUUUAUAUGUUUCCUUCUAUCACAGUACGGAAAGGUUUUGUAUGACAACUAUAAAACAGCCGUGCAAAGAGCAGGCUUAGCGUCCCACUGGUCAACGCUCUCCAAUUCAACCGUAGCAACAGCAGCAGGUAAAAUUAAUGAAAUCAAAAAGAAAAAACUAAGAAGCGUAUUCUGGUUCGGCUUACAGUUAUACACAUUUAUGUGUGUGUUUAUUUAGCCUGUGAAUCAUGCUGAAGUACAAGGCUGCCAUCAGGGGGUGACAACCAUGACAGUUGCCCUAAGGCGCCGGCCUACCGGGCCCCAUGUGUCGUGGCGGAACUGCCGCCGUUGCAGGUGCACCAGGGCCUGCAUGAUGAUAGGGCCUAUCAGGUGGUCCAUGCAUUUAGGGCCACCCGACGGGCCUGGUUAGCGUUACAGAUGUGUAAUAGGGAGGGAGGAGAGACAGGCAGUGAAGAGGGAGAGCCAGACCGACUCCCAUCAGCCCUAGCCACUCUCCUGCACUGCAAAGGUAAGAAACAAGAGGGUGGCUGAAAUAUUAACUAUGUGUGUGUGUCAGUGUGUUUGUAUGUGUUUAUGUGUCUAUAUGUAUGUGUCAGUGUCUGUAUACAUCUCAGUAUGUAUGUGUUUGUAUGUAUAUCAGCAUAUAUGUGUGUCAGUAUGUGUGUCAGUAUGCAUGUAUGUAUGCAAAUUUUUUUUUAAAUCAUUUAUAUAGCGCCAACAAAUUCCAUAGAGCUUUUAUCAGUAUGCUUGUAUGUGUCUGUACCUAUGUCAGUAUGUAUAUAUGUGUGUGUCUGUAUGUCCUUAUGCAUGUGUGUGUGUGUCUGUAUGUAUGUUAAUAUAUGUGUGUGUGUGUCAGUAUGUAUGUCUGUAUGUCUGUGUAUGUCUGUUUCAGUAUGUGUGUGUCCCUGGUAGUAUGUAUGUGUGUUUGUCAGUAUAUCUCUGUGUCCUUUUAUAUCAGUGUGUGUCUGUGUUUUUGGCUGUGUAUGUAUUUCGUGUCAAUGUCUGAGUGCCUGUGUAUCUCUGUGGGUAUAUAUGUGUGAGUGUGUGUGUGUGUCUGUGUAUUUGCAUGUGUGUCAUUGUAUGUGUCUGUGUAUCAAUGUUUGUGGAAGUGUAUACACUAAUGCACAUCUGCAUUCAAACACCAACAUUCACACACACAUUUCACAUAAAAACAUGCUUACAUUGAAACAAAAAUUGUGUGUGUAUCUAUAAAUAUAUAUAUAGAUAGAUAUAGAUAUAUAUAUAUAUACACACACAAUAUACAUACAGUGUAUCCACUACACACACACUGCAUCCACUACACAUGCAUUACACGCACACACACUGCAGCUAAUGCACAAACACACACUGCAUCCACAAAACACACACCCUGUAUCCACUCUCCAAACACUGCUUCCUUGUGGGCGGCUUUGGAGGGCAGGUCCUGAAGGCAGGCUUGGAGGCUGGCACCCAGUGGCCCAGAUCUUGAGUUGUGUUAGAUUAAAUUGUGUUAAAUGAAAUUUCUAAUGGCGGCCCUGCAGAAGUAUGAUGACAAAGCAAACAUAUUGACAUACCCCCAAAGUUGGUGGCAUCUAGCUUGGGUAACUUGUCUGGCAAAGGGAACAUAACACAUGUAUUGCCAGCCAACUAGACCUGAGCAUAAUAGGAAUUGUAGUUUGCAAACAUCUGAAUUGCUUAGGUUAGGAUGGUAAUGCUGUUAUGACUAAACAUGAACACUUAUGCAGGAGAUGAUAUAACAAUCAAUACGCAAAAGAAAAAUGAGGACAUGUAAUGGGGAAAUAUGAGCUGCAAACAGCUCUCCAAGAACACUUAAUGUAAUCCUAUUGUGCAUGUAGGUCACCACACGGUCAGACACUGUGAUACAGUUUACAUAAUGAAGGCGCCUAGUAUUAAAUAGGAAAUAGUCUGCAUCAUGUGAGCAGCUGAUUGCAGAAACACUCUUAUUAUUUAUUUAAAAAAAAAAAAGACCUGUUUCAUUGUUUUGCUUAUUUUUCACUUACAUGAGGAACAAUGUCUCAGAUCUGGAGCCUAAAACUAUCCCAUUUUGAUUUAGCCAGUAAAUAUAUAAAUUGUGAUAGAGGUCAUUGUGUAAUAGAUUUUAUUUUCACAUGCACAGAUAUUCGUUUUAAAACAAAAUAAUUAUUGUCUAUAUUGUUUUUUUUUUUUAUACAGCAGGAAACGGACAGGUCAGCCAAAACCCAACUCCUAUCAGUUCCAGCUUCUCGGAUGCUUGGAAACGUGCCGAGGCAACCCAGGUAUAUGUUUUACUUAAAGGAAAUGUCAAAGUUCAUUGCCAAAAUCAUAGACCUACAGAAAGACAAAUUGAUGGACAGAAAUGACAGACAGACAGAUGGAUGGAAAUGACAGACAGACACAAGUGCUGACAAAUGUAUUAUGUUAUACAUCGGUUAAAUAAGGAGACAUCUCAGCCAUUUCCUGGUUUCAGAAGACAUUAUCAGACAGGUGAAGGGGAGGAAUCAGUUUCCUGUGAAGAUUUGCAAAAAUGGGAUAUUCAGUGAUAUCAUUUUCCACACCAUUUUUAAUACAUUAACUUAUCAAAUUCCUACAGAACUGGUGCUGAAUUCAUCUGGAAUAUUCUCACUUUUUUUUUUUGAAAAUCUGUUUAUUGAAGAAAAGAGAGGGAUACAGAAAGAAUUCGGCUCGCAGGCCUACUUAGAAGACAAGGGUAUUGUAGCGAUAUUUCCAUAUUUUGAGUCACAUUUUUUUUUUGUGCCCACAUAACCAAGUCUCCUGACAGGAUUUAAUUACAGCGAUAAGUUACGUAACUAACAGUAGGCGUACAUAGGAUAACAGAAAGGUAAAGUAUGUAGAGUGGCAACCGUCAUUGUUUUGGCGUACGUACAUAUGUAUAGUAUGUAACAUCCUUAUUGCUAGUAAGCGGUCUUUUAACAUAAAGCGUGGCUCUAAGUCGGGUGCCUUCAUAAGACACAUUAUACCUUGUAGCAGGAGUGCCUAAUAAUAGGCUGGACAUAGUUAACUAGCUCCUGGCAUGAAAGGAGCGUAGGUGCUUUGGUCUUAAGGUUAGGCUUGGUUAUCCUAUGGGUGUGUUCCCAUGUCUCGCAAUUCGAUGUACCGAAAAUAGUGCCAGUAUUAUGUAUUCCUUUUUUUUUUUUGGUUUUCUUGACUCUUGGCUUCCCCUUCCUCCCCCUGUCCCCCAGGCGUGUGCAUUGUGUAUUAGACAUGUAAGAGGGGUCAGCAUGGGAAAGAGAGUCGAAAAGGGAGAAAAGAAAGUAGCGGUCCUAUCAGGUUCCCCCCCCCCCUUGUCCCCAUAUCGCGCCCCGUGGGUGCCCAGUGGUUAUAGUCGCGUGCGAGAAGGGAAGUCUCGGUUGGGUCACGUAUUUUCAGCGUUUCAGAAUGUGUGUGGGAGGGUUGGGUCGGCGGGCCGAUGUUGGUUUCAUCUGCCCAGGGAUUAUAUUUCCAGUGAUGGAGUGGUCCCAACCCCCACGGCUUUGGCGGGGUAGGCGCGUGAUCUGUCUCCCCGUCCACCGUCACUCCCUCCCCCCUCACGAGACCUUUAGUGCCCUCCAGCCUGGUAGACGAACCAUGGUUGCCACAUCUCCGCGUGCCUGGUCCCCCGACCCGUCAGGGAUGCCUGUAGUGCUUCCGCCAACUGUAUGUCUCCGACUCUGUUUCGCCAUUCUGCAACCGUGGGGACCUCAGUUCGUUUCCAAUAUACAGGGAUAAGGGCUUUAGCUGCAUUCAGUAGGUGACGUAGGAUGGACUUCUUGUAACCAGAUAUGGAUCGCGAGGUGAUGUGCAGGAGAACUAGUUCCUUGGACCAUUCCGUGUCCUCCCCUAGUACCUCCUUGAUUUCAGACCGGAUUCGUUCCCAAUAUGGGACAAUGAUCUUACAAUCCCACCAAAGGUGUAUGAUCGUGCCUCUCUCCUCUUGACAUCUCCAGCAUGUUGGGGACGCUGUUGGGAAGAUCCUGUGUAGGGCAACUGGUGUUCUAUACCACAUGGAUAUCAGUUUAUAGUUUACUUCCUGAUAGUGUGAGCUGGAGGAACUCUUGUGUUGCCAUAAAAUUGCUGCGUCCCACUGUGGUUGCGAUAUCGGUUCGCCCAUUUGUUCUUCCCAUUGUCUCCUGAAGGUGUUGUUAGUUGGGGUAGCUCCCAACAGCAGGUGUUGGUAUAGCAGUGAAAUUGCUUUGUCGAGUGUGGCGCCUCGUUGGCAAAGACCCUCAAACCAUGUGAGGUCUCUAUGUAGGUGUUCCCUGCGUGGAAUGGAUCUAUAGUAGUGUGUUAGUUGCAGGUAGCGGAGGGACGCCAUGGGCGUAUUAGGUCUGUCAGCCAUUAAUGUGUUUAGGGGUCGAAGUGCCCCUUCUUGGAGGACCGUUCGAAUCGGGAUGUAGUCCCCCUCCUCCAGAAAUAUCCAGGCCUUGGCCGAAAUGCCUCCCGCCAGAUUUGGGUUGGGGACUAUGGGGAGCAGGGGACUGGGGGUCGGGGACACAUGGCUGGUUUUCCGUAUCGUUGCCCAAGUCUUUAGCGUCUGCGUCGUCGGGUUCCCUGCUCCUUCGCCAUCGCGACAUCUCGUUCCCCCUUGCCAUACCGCCGCUUUAAGUGUGGCCCGUGAUUCUCCCCCAUCCAGGACGACCCAUUGUUUUGGGGAAUCAGCCGCGUGCCACUCCAGGAUUCGUUGAAGUGUGGUGGCUUGGUGGUAUCUUUUGAAGUCCGGGAGCGCCAGGCCACCUCCCAGUCUAGGUAGGCAAAGUACGUUGUGGCGUAGUCGAGACUUCUCCCCUCUCCAGACAUAUCUAAUUACCGCCGAUUUCAGGGUGGAGAAGAAGGUUGUCGGUGGUGCCACUGGUAUUGUCUGAAAUAGGUAGAGGAUUCUCGGGAGCACGUUCAUCUUGAUUACUGCGAUUCGUCCGUGCCAGGUGAUGUGCGGAUAUGCCCAUCUGUCAAGAUCUGAGGUUACCUGUCGCAGGAUGUUGGCAAAGUUAUGUCGAUAAAGUUCCUGCGGGUUUGUGGUGAUCCACACUCCAAGAUAUUUCAUUUUCUCCGCGCACCAGCGGAAUGGAAAGACUGUUCCCAAUUCCAGGUAUUCUUCCGGUGGAAAGGUUAGAUUAAGUACUUCACAUUUUGAAAGAUUAAGUUUAAAUCCUGCGAUUUUCCCGAAUUUUUCGAAUUCUAGCAGUAAGCAGGGCAUCGUGACUCGUGGGUUAGAGAUAAAGAAGAGAAGAUCGUCCGCGUAUGCGGCCACCUUAUGCUCCGUUCCCCUCCAAUUGUAUCCCGAGAUGUCUGGGUUAUGGCGGAUCGCGUGUAGUAGUGGUUCCAGAGUCAUUGCAAAUAGUAGUGGCGACAAGGGGCAUCCCUGUCUAGUUCCAUUUUGAAUCUCGAAGCCGGAGGUAAGGGCCCCGUUCACCCGAAUAGAUGCGUGUGGUUUAUCAUACAGGGCAGAGAUCCACGUCAACAUGUUCUGUCCUAGACCCAUGGCCCUCAGUGUGUCCAUCAUGUAUGACCAGUUAACACGGUCAAAGGCCUUUUCGGCGUCCGUGGAAAGGAGUAAGAUCUUGUCCCGCGUCUCCCGUGCUCUGUGUUGUAUGGAGAAGAGGCGCAGUGUACUGUCUCGCGCCUCCCUCCCCGGUAUAAACCCCGUCUGGUCUUCAUGGAUCAGGCUUGGCAGUAUACGUUGUAGCCUAGUUGCUAGUACCUUCGUGAGCAGUUUCGUAUCCACGUUUAGUAAGGAUAUUGGUCGGUAACUGCUACACUGUUCCGGGUCUUUCCCUGGUUUGAGCAGGACCGUGAUAGUGGCGGCUAGUGAUUCCGCUCCGAAUCUUUUCCCCUCGGUGAUGGUGUUGACCGCAGUAGUUAGUCGAGGUAGGAGAGUUGAGGAAAAGCGUUUGUAAUAACCUAUGGAGAAUCCAUCAGGUCCCGGUGCCUUGCCCGCCUUAGCACUCUUCAAGGCUGCGGCCAUUUCCUCAAUGCUAAUCGGUUCGUCCAGCGUAUUCGCUGCUUCCCGUGAUACCCGGCUACCUACGUUGUCUUGUAGGUAUUCUUGGAUAGGUGUGCUGGCGUGGCUUCCCAUCGUCAUAUUUCCAGGGCCAUGUAGAUUAUACAAGGCGUGGUAAUAUCGUUGGAAUUCAUUGGCGAUGUCCUCAGGGAAUUGGGACACUGUCCCUGUUUGUAGACGUAUUUUAUGUAUCCGUGUGCGGGGGGUAUCGCCUUUCAGGACGCGGGCUAGGUAUUUGCCUCCUUUGUUAGCCUGGAUAUAGAAAAAGUUCUUGGAGUGUUGUAGUGAGCGGUAGUAUCGUUUCGUGAGAAGAUCAGUCAGUCUGCGUCGGGCAUCUGUCAGGUCUUGUCGGACACUGGCAAGUUGGUUUUGUUUGUGUUGGAGUUCCAGCUUCGAGAUAGUCCCAUAUAGGUCCGCCAUUUCCUGCAUGGUUGCCUUCCGUCGUCGAGAGGCUAUUUUUAUAAGUAUACCGCGGAUGGUACUCUUAUGAGCUUCCCAGAGUACAAUUGGAGAGGUGUCUGACACAUCAUUUUCUUCGAAGUAAAGGUCAAGAGCUCGUUUAAUUUCGCUUUCCACCUCGGGGUCCUGUAGCAAGGAUUCGUUCAGACGCCAGGUCCAUGUUGCCGGUUUGAACAGUGGCGAUUCCAGUUCCACUGUAACCGGACCGUGAUCCGACCAUGUAGCGGGGUCGAUUGUGGCCUUCUUCAGUCGCGACAGGCCUUCCUGUUGGAUUAGUACGUAGUCAAUCCGCGAGUAGCGGUUGUGAAGUGCGGAGUAGUGGGUGUAAUCUUUGACAUCCGGGUUGAGUACUCUCCAACAGUCCACCAGUCCCAAGUCACCCAACGACUUACGUUGCUAGACAUAGGUAUAUAACAGUGUCCCGUGGAUGUGUCCAUCUGAGGGUCCAACGGGGUAUUGAGAUCACCCCCCAACAAUGAGUGUGCCCUCCGAGAAUCCGCUCAGUUUGUUCAUUGUUCUCCGAAGGAAACGUGCCUGGUUUUUGUUGGGCACAUAAAUGGAAGCCAGGGUGUACAUUCUGUCCGCUAUCGUGCCUUUUAGGAAGAGGUAUCUCCCUAGCUUGUCAGUUACCUUAUCUAGUUCUUUGAAGUCCAGUUCUGCUGCAAGGGUGAUAGCGACUCCUGCUUUACGGGUUGUGGGAUGAUUGCUGAAGAAGGUGUUGGGGUAUUGCCGAUUACGGAGUUUAGGCGCGGACCCCUCGAGGAAGUGAGUUUCCUGGAGAAUCGCUAUGGAGAUUCGUUUUUUCCGUAGUUCACGAAGCAGAUGGGUGCGUCGUUCCGGCACGUUCAGGCCUCGGCAGUUGAGAGCCAUAGCAGUUAGCGGAGCACCGAGGUACGCCAUCGUCAAUCCGCCAGCCAGGAGGGGGCACGCGGAGACCCCAGCACCAGGUCUUAUAUUACAGCUAGCUGGAGGCCUGUCCACGUUCCCUCAAAGUCACCCAGUGAUCAGUCCACAGUGUAGCCGCAGGUGCGGUGGGUCGAUUGGCGUGGGAUCACCGGGUGCGCAGGGCUCCCACCCCGCGACCGGUGCUAUGUCAAGACGUCAGGCACUUCAGGUUGCGGGUCGAUAUGUCCUUAUGUGGUAGGCUCAGAGCGACUAGGGUAGUAGGGGCGAUAAGUGUACUCACACGCGGAGCACACCCUUGAGUCGGGGGGGGGGUUGUCACAGGUCCGUCAAAGUAGGUUGUAGAGUGAGGAAAGUGUGUGGGUUAAAAAAGUGGGGAGUUAUAAAGACCCCCAAGUAGAGGUGGCCCCGAGAAGGGGAAAGGAGAGUGUCCACCUCGGUCCUCCUUUGUGGAAAGGAGGGUGUAGCCGUGCGACGGCGGGAGGUGCCCGGGCCCACCCCGGUAACCAGACCGAUGUGUGGGCCUGCGGGAAGCCCCGACGUCUAAAACUGUGCACGGUUUUUGUUAGGGGUUAGCAGCCCCGCCCCAAUCCUUCUUGGGCCGAAAGUGAGAGUGUUGUAACCGAUUAAUACUAACCAGCUCCCCCCCGCCGGCCCUCCAGCCUGGUGCCGGUAUCGGUACAUGGAAAGCCAAACAUAUAAACAGUAGCAUACAUACAUUUCAACAUUGUAACAUAUGAGGACAAUACCCAGAGUCCAAUCGGCUUGCCCCCUCCACCGUCCCGUCUCCCGCCCUCCCCGAUUCCCCGGACCUGGAUGCGCCUCCUGCAUCCUGGACGUUAGUCAAUGAAAAACAAGUAACGUAUAAGUGACAGCAUCACGAACAUUAGGCAUGCAUACAUAAUAUGAGGUUAUUAUUAUGUCUCAUUCCCCUUCCCCCUUCCUUUUCCUACCUUCCCCCCAUCUGUCUUCCCUCCCCCCUCUCUGCUUACCCUUUGUGUGGCAAUUGGGGAAUAUAUUCAAUAAUGUGUCUGCGAAAUAUGGCCCGGGUGUCUUCUAUGUCCCAGUACUAUCCCCCUCCACAUCUAUCUAUGCUAAAUCCUCCUAUCUGUUUCUGCGGGUGUGUUGUGGCGAGUGAUAUUCUCACUUUUUCACUCACCAACUUCUUUGUAGCUCAGUUGUUAGAGGGACACUACAGGCAUCAACUCAACUUUAACUUAAUGAAGCUGUUUUGGUGUAUAGAUCAUGCCCCUGCAGUCUCACCGCUCAAUUCUUAUCUCCUGCUCUGUUAAUAGCCUCCUAGAUCCUGCAGGUUCAUCCUCUGUGUGUUUAAAGUUAAAUUUACAACACAGGUGAUAUACAUUUCUAAAAAAAGUUAGUUUGUUUGAAAACUAAACCAUUUUUUCAUGCAGGUUAUGUAAGUCACAACAAGGGUAGGUGUGGCUAGGGCUGCAUAAAUAGAACCCAAAGUGAUUUAACUCCUAAAUGACAGAGAAUUGAGCAGUAAGACUGCAGGGGCAUGAUCGACACACCAAAACUGCUUCAUUAAGCUAAAGUUGCGUUGAUGCCUAUAAUAUCCCUUUAAAUAAAAGCUAAUAAACUGAAGGUCCAAAAGUCAGGAGCUACUUAAAUGGUGGUAGUUAAUGAAUACAUCUGAUGGAGACAAAAUACAAUAAAUAACAAGAUUCCAGUAAAGAAAUCCAUCCAAGUGUAUGAAAACCAGCGAUCAUGUGUGGAGAAUAUAAACUGUAUUCCUAUACGAGUAUCCUAACACUGACAAUUGAAACAGGGAAUUAUGGGUUGUUGUUCCUUUUUAAAUUCCAGAUCAUUUCUGUAAACGCUAUAUAGAAAUAAACUGCUAAUCUUGAUGACAAAUUACAAGACAUGUAAAAAUAAUCUAAUGAAAAGCAUUAAAAACAUUCCUUUGGUUUAAGUAAUCUAAUUUAUAUUACAGUGUAACAAAGCAAUUAUCUGCUCUUCACAAUGUAGAACUGUAAUAAUGUUUAUACUCUAUCUUGUUUUCCUGUCUUGAGAAGAUAUAUUGCUAGCAAUUAGUAUAAUAAUAUGGCCUCCUACCCAGUACAAGUGAGAAUUUAAAUUUAAAAAAAUAUAUACUAGUCUAAAAUUUCAGAAAUAAUAUAUUUAUCCCUUAAAAAAAGCCAUUUACUUAUUUUAUGUCACAUACUGAACUGUUUGAAGAAUUCGAUGUUUCGAUUUUUGAAGAAUUCGAUGUUUUGAUUGUCACCUAUAAGUCUUAUUUAGACCUCAAAUUAAUAUUGUUGAAUUUGCUUUAGAAAUGAUUUAAUAUUUUUUGAUAAACUUUAAAAAAGACUUUUUUUGAAAAGAUUAAAAUAUCAAAAAAUACGUAUAAAAAUAUAUCAAUAUCUCUAAAAAAAUAUGAAAAUAUAAUUUAUUUUUAAUAUUCUUCAUAAUAGUGAAACAUUUAAAAAGCAUAUCAAACUAUAUUUAAUUGAGGACUUAGUUAUAACACCAGCAGUGCUCUGGAAGUUUUUGAAAUACGCAGUGAGCAUGUUUUUUUUCCUAUAGUGAGAGAAUUUUGAGACUUGUGAUCUCCUGGGGGGGUUUUGCCCACCCUAGAGCAGCAGAAAGCCCACAUCCUUGUUUUAUCUUUGGAGCAGGUUAGAUAACAGACAGAGGGUGCUUUCGACUUGAUAUCACACCUCAUGCUCUUAGUCUAAUACAUUGUAACUUUGCACAAAAACAAGGAAAGUGGGAUAUGUGUAGCCAUUGCCCUGAGGCCUACUAAUAGACCAUCAGGUUCCUGGUCUCUGCUUUCUCAUACCAUUAGAUAAGGAUUUUGGGCUACCGGGGAAAUAUUAAGCAAGCACUGCUUAACAUGGUACAUAUUUACAUGGUACUUUUUAUAGAGCAGCCAUCUACUGAUCACUUUAAGGAAUGGUAAAAAUACAUACAGGGUUAUUCACUGGUAGGUGAGAAUUGCUAGGAAUGUAAAGUGAAUUUCAAAAUUAAGGCCAAAAGAGACAAACUAAAAAAAACAGGAAAUGACUUGGAGACAUUUUUUCUAUAUUAAUUUAUUUUGGUCUAAAUUUUUUAAUUCUCUUGGAAUCCCAGGAUUCCUCACUUUAGUGAAUCCUAAUAGUGUUCUCCAGGUUCCUGUUUGAAUGUCAUCAUGUCUACAUAUGCCACAUAUAGGCAGCUCUUUAUGUAGCGGUAGCCUCCCCAUUCUCUAAGAUGGAUGAUAUAAAAUGUAAAUUUUUAUGAUUGUAAUUCUAACACUCACAUCCCCUGCUCUACAGAUUACAACUGUGUUUUUGUGUUUAGUGUUUAUGUUGCUUUAUAUUCCAUAUUGGAAAAUGGUACGGAGAUAGGCAGCCUUCAGCCCUCCAGCUUUGUGGACUACAUCUCCCAAAAUGCUCCUACAGCUAUAACACUGGCAAAGCAUCAAGGGAAAUGUAGUAGACAACAUCAAGAGUGCCAAGGGUUGCCUACACCUGGGUUAGUACAUUCAAUCCACUCCACCCAAGACCUUGGAAGGGUAGAGUGUGGUCCAAGACACAUAACAUAGCAACCUCAUACAUGCUGCUUUAAAAGAAUAAUCUAAUGGAUUUGAAUUGCUAAACUCGCAUAUGUCUUGUUUUUUUUUAUCCAGGAUUACAAGCCAAAUGAGAUGAAAAAACCUGAACCUAAAAUAUCAACUUCUACAUUAAAACAACCCCCACCUGCACCUGUCAGAAUAUCAUCUAGUAAACAAAAAACUCCACCACAGCUGCCAAGCAAAAUGAAUUCUGCAAUCCCACCACCUCCACAGUUUCCAGCACCGGAACCUCUGCAGCUUGACGAUGAUUUUCUACCCCCUCCUCCUCCUGAAUUCCUUGACUCCCCUCCUGAUUUCUUACCACCACCUCCACCUGCCUUUUCUUCUGACUCGAUGUUUUCCUCACCUCCACAAUCGCCAGAGCCACAGGGCUUCAGUGCUCCUCUCCCACCACCUCCUCCACCCAUUUUUGCAUCCAACAGUCCCCCCCAACUGCCGGUGAAAAAGCAGCCACCCAAUCCUCCAAAAAGACAAACUAACCCAGGACUUGCAGGAAGUGACCCACACCAGAGUAAAACCAAUGCUAACGGAUCGGUGUCUGGUGGUGAGCCAGAUUUCAUGUCUGAUUUAAUGAAAGCUUUGAAUAAGAAGAAAGGAAAUGUGUCCUAAUUUCAUUAAGGAGUUUAAUGAAUGCUAAGAAUCAGAAAUCAAACUUGGUCUUUGAGAAUUAAAGAGGCCUAUGGCUCUCCAACAGUUAAGUGUCUACUGGCGCCAGCUGUUGUAUAAAUUUGGCUACGCUCAGAAUAGCGAUCCACCUGUCAGCCGCCACAACUUCUGAUGUUCUGCCACUCAGUACUAAAUGUAAAAUAGCAGCUACUAUGUAACGUAAAACAACAAUUACAUUUCCUUUCUUAGCAUUUUACACCUAUGCCAUCCAAAAACUCAAAUUCAUUAGUAUCUAACUCUGAUAAUAUAGCUUGGGAGCAAGAAAAUUUCAUUAUUCAUUAGAUAUUUUUUCUUUACUAAAUGUUUGCAUGUUUUUUGUUUUGUAUUUUUGAGAUUCAAUAAAAAAUAAAAAGUAAACUCUUAA